CCGUCGCACAGCCACUACCGGCUUCUGGGCCUGGGCUGAGAUCACGUGAUAGGUGGCGCUAUCACCUGACCUCUUCAUCCACAUCCCUGCUCGGUCUCUCUCGGGGGCUUAUAGCGGUCGCUUGAGGACCGACACCCUGUUUCGGGUCUCUUAUCGUCUCUCAGGUGUCAGGUUCUUAUUCUGUUGUCGCCGCCGCCGCCAUCAUGACAUCCUUCUCGGAGCUGUAUUUCAAUGUAGACAACGGGUACCUGGAAGGGCUAGUCCGGGGAUUCAAGGCCGGCAUCCUGUCUCAGGGAGACUAUCUGAACCUGGUCCAGUGCGAGACCCUGGAGGGUGAGUCCGUGGGGGCCGCUGCCGGCUGGGUGUGAGGGCCAGGGCAUUGUGUGUGUGUACUGCAAGGCAGGCACUGGGGAUUGGAAGUCUGGUCCUGUUCUGCUUUACCAAGGCAUUAUUAUUAUUAUUAUUUUAUUAUUAUUUAUAUAGCGUUAUCAGAUUCCGUAGCGCUGUACAAUGGGUGGGCUACCAGACAUGUAAUUGUAACCAGACAACUGAACACAGAGAGGUGGAGGGCCCUGCUCAAUGAGCUUAUCAUGGGAAUUGUUUUACACCUAGGGGCUAACUUUGUUAUUAUACCUGCUUUAUAAUCUAUUUUAGGUGCUGGGACUCUCAGGCUAUAGGUUUAUAGCCUAUUUUAGGGGUUUUCUGUCUAUAGGCCAUAAUCCGUUUUAGGGGCUCUCUGUCUUUUGGUUUUAUAAUCUGUUUUAAGGGGGUGUAGAUAUCUGCUACGUGACAGUCUUGUUCUCUUUAAAAUUCUAAUGGUAUGGAAUGGAUGUAGGAAAAGAGCAGAAACCGCAUAGGUGCAAUGUGGGAUCACUGGUAAGUCCCCCACUUAUUUACUAUACAAUGUCAUACCACAACAGAGGUUUCUGAGACACCGUGCUCUGCUUGCUUAAAUAUUUUUGCUGGAGAAUGGGGCUGUUAAAUAGAAACAUACUCUGCAAACGGGGUCAUUGAGCCCACAUUGCACCUGUGUAAAGUAUCUAUGAUCUUCAUUGAUUUAUCCCAAGCCAUAAUUAAAAUUGUAUAAAACAUUGGGUGCCUGAAAAUACACAAUGACAGAAGUCUUUAUAUGAUAGAGCUGUACAUUUGUCUUAUUCAAAGGAAAACUACUGUGAUUCUUGGAUCACUUUCAUUAAUUUUUAUUACACAUUAGGAGUAAAUUAGUCUUCAGCCUUUUUCAAAAGUCCGGGUUGUUACACAAGCAUGUAUUAGGCUAGUCUAUUCUUAAGUCGAGCCUGCGGAGAAAUCGUGGUACUCAACAUUUCGGUAUAGUUGUCAGGAUGAUAAAAGGAAUAUCAGAGAUGGAGAUAUUACAGUAUCCAAUGAUCAAUCCAUUGAGUGACCAAUUGAAAUGUAUUCAGCUAUAAUAUUGGCCAGUUAUAAUAGAUCAGCUUGAGAUGGUUCUUGUUUUAAUGGAGGUGUGUCUUGGGCAAACACAUUUGCUUGUUCAGAAGAUAGAAUGUGAGCACAUACAGAAAAUGUAAUUGGUGCAAAAUGAGAGUUCUCAGCAACCCAGUGCCCUCUCUGCUGCUUUGACCAAUGAGGAAGCAUAAGUCUGGGCAGCUGUAAUUGUCAGCUGAGUGUGCUUGUAUGAAUAAACUAGAAGGAAGUGUGUAAUCUCUGCCUUAGCCAUACCUUCUGUGGGGUGGGGCUAUAGGAAGCCAGGGAACCUCGUUCAUUGUUAAACUGUUCAAAAAUGGUUUAAUACGGAACGGAGUGACAAUGUCUGUAGACAUGAGAUGAGAUUGUUAUAGUGCUUACAGUGUUCCUUUUAACAUUUUAUUUUAUUUAAAAAAAAAAAAUUAAUAACAAUCUCACCCUUACAGUACAGCUGUCUUAAUAAUGCAGAAAAACACCAAAACAAAAAAGUGAAAGAUGAUAUAAAGUGAAAGCAAGACAAUAAAGGUGAAGUAUGUAUGUAUGUGUGUGUGUGUAUAUGUAACCCCAAAAUAAAAAAUAUAUUACCUGGGUGCCUCCAGGCCAAUAGGUACACAAAUUCAGACAGGAGCACUCACUUGGAUUUUCCAAUAGUGUAUUAAAAAGUAUUCAUCAAUCUACAUCAACGUUUCGACCCUUCAGGGUCUUCAUCAAGAUAAUGACAGUGCAUAAAAUAUAUAUAUUCACACCAAAUAUUAAAUAUCAAACUUACCCCAUCAGUGUGAAAUGAUUCCCAUUACUCAUCAAGUGGAAACCGCCGAAGUGUGUGCGUGGUGACGCGGGCGCGUGCGUGAUGACAUGCAUACGUGCGUAAUGACGUGCGCGGGGAUGUGAACUCGUAUAAACAAACAGUGACCAUAGUAACCCAACGUAUCCCAGUGCUCAUCCUGCUUAAUGGAGGAGACAAAAUAGAAGUACAAUAUAGCAUAACAAAGUCACAUAAUCCACUACAGAGGUAUACUAGUGUUUCAACUAUAUAAAGAUGUGUAAGAAAAUGUGAAUGAACUGUGUGAAUGUAAGAUACAUGCAAUAAGAUAAAAUAUGUAAUGUGGUGGAGAAAAUGAAUAUGUGUGUGAAUAUGUACAUGUGUGUGAAAAAAUAAAAAUAAAACCAACCCAUGGGUAGAAAUAAAAACACUGCAAAUGUGUAGCCCAACCCAGUGAUCAGUGACAGUGAAAUAGAGUAAGCACAACCCUAGCAUAUAUGUAAACAAAUAGACCAUAAAAGAAUAAAUAAAUCUGCAAUGGUACCCCAAUUACCUGGAAGUCCACAUAUGACAGCUAUCACCUUCAUGUAUAACUCAAUAAGCAUAUCUAAAUAGAUACCCUUAAUAGUUAUUAAUACUGACUUAAUGUUAAUAAAUAUAUAUCGGGAUCUAACUCCUAGGUAUGCAAAAAAAUUAUAUAUGACAGCUAUACAACAUCUAUGUACAUAAACAUAUCUAAAUCUAUCCCACUGAUUAUUACUAAUCCUAAAUGUGUGUGUGUGUGUGUGUGUAUGUAUAUGUGUAUAUAUGUGUGUGUGUGUAUGUAUAUGUGUAUAUGUGUGUGUGUGUGUGACUAUAAACCAUAACCAUGUAUCCAAAAUAACAGAUACAGGAUGCUGAGGCUGAAUGAUACCCACUAGUAGUAAUAGGAAAAAGUAAUCUACACUGGACUACAAAUAGUGUAUCACAGCAUAACACUAGAAUAAUGACUUGGCGAGUAUCCAAAAAUGAAGUGAAAGAAAUAUAUUCGUUUAGUCCCUUGGGUUGUAGAGUAUCCAACUGCUUGAUCCAAAAGGUCUCUUUCUGGUGCAGUAAUCUGGAACGGUCCCCUCCUCUCGUUAGGAUUGGUAUCACAUCGAUAGCAAUAAAUUUAAGGGUGGGUAAUCGGUGAUUGUAUUCAAAAAAAUGUUAAGCCACCAGUUUGUCCAUUUUCCCAUCUCUAAAUGCAGUCAUAAUGGCUGAUCGAUGUCCCCUACUUCUGUCCGAAGAGUAAGGUCCGUUUUACCAACGUAAAAAAGUCCACAUGGACAGAUGAGAUGAGAUAUGACAUGGCCUGUCAAACAUGUAAUGUGGUGUCUAAUCAUAUACCUUUUUACCAGAGUGUGGAUGCACAAACGAUGAACCAGUCAACAUGUGCCCACAUGUAACACAUCUGGUACAUCGAAAACAUCCCAUCCUAUUAGAUUUAAUCGGGACCGAGAGAGAGACAGAGAGAGAGAUAUCUAUAUCUAUAUCUAUAAGACAAGUUGUUCGGCACAUUUUUUGUGCUGAAAACCCCCCACCUGUCUUAUACUCGUGUCAAUGUCUGUAUUAUGGCAACUUACAUUGCCAUAAUACAGACCAGGACCGCCGGGCUCAUUACAAGCCCGGCAGUCCUGUUGGGGGCUGGGAGCAAGCUGUUACUUCUGUUUACAGCAGCUCCGGUCAGCUCCCUUCUCCUCCAUGCCGUUCAGCUCACAGUGUAAGUCUCACAAGAGCCGCGGCGGCUGAGCGUUGCCAUGGGUUACUUUGGCAACGCUUUGCGCAAGACUUACAGUGGAGCUGAACGGCAUGGAGGAGAAGCAAGCUGAACGGAGCUGCUGUAAAGGUAAGUAACCGCUUGCUCCCAGACCCCCUUCUGCACAGGCCAUCCACUGGACCAUCAGGGAAUCAUAUAGUCCCCCCUCCCUGGCCAGCUAACAAGCAGGGAGGAGGGCCAAAAAAAUAAAAUACAAAUGUAAACAAUAUUAUAAAAAAUUUAAUAUUAAAAAUAAAAAUUUUAAUAUUAAAAUAAAUAAUAAAAAUGCCCACCCCCCACCAAGGUUACACACUCUGCAUCACGUACACACAAACGCACUCUGCAUCACGUACACACAAACGCACUCUGCAUCACGUACACACAAACGCACUCUGCAUCACGUACACACAAACGCACUCUGCAUCACGGACGCACGCACUCUGCAUCACGGACGCACGCACUCUGCAUCACGGACGCACGCACACGCACUCUGCAUCACGGACGCACACACACGCACUCUGCAUCACGGACGUACACACACACACACACACACACACACACACACACACACACACACUCUGUAAAUAAAUAUUCAAUUAAUAUAAUUUUUUUGGGAUCUAAUUUUAUUUAGAAAUUUACCAGUAGCUGCUGCAUUUCCCACCCUAGUCCUCUACUCGAGUCAAUAAGUUUUCCUAGUUUUUUUUGGGGGUAGAAUUAGGGGCCUCGACUUAUAUUCGGGUCGACUUAUACUCAAGUGUGUAUAUGUGUGUAUAUAUGUAUAUGUAUGUGUGUGUAUCCCUCUCCCUCUCGGUCUUUGAAGAUUAAAACAAAGUUUGAUUAUCCAUUAAAAAUAUAUAAGAUCGACGUUUCAGUCCCAGCAGGGACUUUCAUCAGGAUCAGACUCACACUCAGUACUUAUUUAUACUAUAUCAAUUGUAGCAGGGGGAGCAGACCAGCAUAUCUCUUUCAUUUUGGCGUAAAUUAACGUAUCUUACAAAUUAUCUUCAUAGUUAUAGACUUCAGUAGCCUGGUUUGAUAAUGUCCAAAUGCCUAUCUACUACAGCCUAACUUUUACAUACAUGUGAAGUUACAAUGUUGCUUUUGUGUACUACAUGGAUACAUUGUAGACCAAGCUUUGGGUUCAGUGGACCCUUGCUCCUCACUUCAGCAGCAUGACACAACUCUGCAUUGAUAUGAAAAGGAAAAGUCGUCCCUCUCCUAAUCACUCAGCUCAAGUUAGAAAGUAGCUGACAAGUAUUUUCUUUUUAAAGUAUCUACCACGACUUGUUUGGUAAUGAAAGUAAAUGCACAAUUUUUUUUAUAGUAAUCCCAGAACAUUCAUUAUGUGCAUGUCACUAGUCUAUAAAUCCAGCGGUCAGCAUUGGGUGACCAAAAGUUGUCUAGCAAGCAGGAAAUGCUUUUAGUGGCUAUUUGAUUGACAGCCACAAGAGGCAGUCUUAUUCUUGCAAUGUAAUUAUUGCAGUUUCUUAAAAACUGUAAUGAUUUAAAUUGCAGGACUAAGUGGGACUGGGGCUCUGAAGUGGUCUGGGUGCCUAUAGUGUCCCUUUUAAGCUGUUGGCAAACACUUUCUAACCAAAAUGUGUGCUCAUCAACCAGAUAUUGUGCAGAGUAUAGCCUGGUGUAAAUUGUUCGUAGAGUUGGCAAGUUGUUGUUUUUUAGGGGGGGACUCCGAUACUCAGUACAUGUGUACUACUUUUAGUAGUAUAUUUUGCAACUGGUAGAAAAUAAAGGUUUGUGGGUUUGCUUCUAUGUGUGUAGUGUUUUUAUUUUAUUUUUUUCCGUGUGUGUAUUUGGGAAUUUUUAAGGCUUAACCAUUUUUAAAUCUUUUAUUUAUUUAUUUUAUUUUUUGGAAUGUUGAGCAAAUGCUUAUAUAAACAAAAUAGUGAGCAGUAUUGUGUACUUAGUAAGUUGCACAAUAUUUGUCUUUCCUCUUUUGAUGGCUGAACAGUUGAAAGUUUGCAUUGACAGUGCAAGACUUUCCUGUAGACCACUAGGUACUAGUCAUUCUCACUGCACAACCAAUAUGAGACUUUCAAUGAUUGGAUCAUUUUUAGUUUCUAUUUUGAACCUACAGAAUUGAGUUUGCACAAGCUGAUAUUUCAAAACUCAGGAACUUCUGGAAGAGGAAGUUUUGUAGAAAUCUAGAAUGUAGUGGGUUUUUUAUCUUCCUUUUUUUUUUAUUAAAUGUUAAAUUCUUUGUACUAUCCGAAAGCAUUACAGGGUUUCUGCAACCCCAAAAAGGUGUUUUUUUUUUCUUCUUCUUAAGUCUUGGUUAGAGUAACCGUUUGUAUGCGGGUCAACCAAUGGAGGUUUAAACUUGCCUCCAUUGCAUUACCAAGCCAAGUUCUCUCUGCCGACCUAAUUGUCUUCUGCUGACAUCACUCCACAUCACUCCACAUCACUUUAGUGGAAGGGAUAUCCUGGUGCGUAGUCUGAGUGAAUGACUGACUGCAUUUUCACAAUAAUAUGAAAGGGUCAUUCUAAGCCAAGAGCUUGACAAAUUUGCUUGGAAUCUAGGAGCCAGGUUUUUAAUUACAAAAAUACAAUUCUUAAAGGGACACUAGUCAACAGAACCACUACAACUUAAUGUAGUUGUUCUCGUUUCCCUAGUCUGUCCCUGCAAGCUUUUCAAGAUGCCAGGAGGGCCCAGGUGCACUCUCACCUUGGUUAAACCGUUCUCGGUAUGAACAAUUUCCUGUUCCUAGUUACCCAGGGGUACCAAAAAAUAAAUUAUCAUUGGGAAUUUACUUAUCUUUUCCCUUCAUAGAGGUGCCAAUAAUUCUGCCACACAUAUAACAAAGAUUUUUAUCUUUAAAUAUUUAUUUUAUAAAGUUGUACUGUUUGCAAUUGUCGGUAUCCAUGACAGCAGAGUAUUUUUUGUGCAUUUUUUUAAAUCAAUUAAACAAGACCCUUUUACACAGCCUUCUUUGUUCAUAUUUACCAAGGGUGCCAAUGUUAGUGGAGGGCACUGUUUUUAGCUUUACAAUGUGAAACUGCGUUUAUGUAUUUAGCUGUAGUGUAGGUUGCCAAAUUGUUUGCAUAUGACGUACUGCAGGAUGUGACUUUUUCAAUGUUCCUCUUUAAAGUUUUUUUUUUUUAAUUUAUUUUUUUCCUAAGAACUGUUGUCUGCCUGACAUUUUACACUGUGAACCUAUAACUUAAAGGAACACUGUAGCGUUAAGAAUAAAAAAUUACCUUGUCCCUAGCUUUAGGGCGGUCUCCAUCUCCCUCUGUGACAAUGAAAGUGUUAAAAACACCUUUUCACUUACCUUGGAUCGCUCUCCUUCAGUAACAUCAUGCCGAUGUAGGAACCUACUGCGUAUGAGUCGGAAAGGCCAAUUAGGCUUUCCUAUAUUGAUUUUGUAGAUGCUGGACGUCCUCAUGCAAAACUUGAGGAUAGCCAAUGUUGUUUCAGGGAGUUAAACUGCGUGAGGAGCCAGGAAGCACCAAUAAUUGCUGACUGGAAAAGACAGCGAUGGUUGUCUUAUCCCUGAAAUGUAAACAUUGCAAUUUCUCUGAAACUGGAAUGUUUCAUUUACAGGUUUAAGGGGACACUGCGCCCCUUAAAAAUGGCUAACAAAUACAAAUGGAAGUGAUCCGUUUAUGAAAUGUUGGUCAUGUGCCAUGAUGACCAUUCUGAUUUUGUUUUCCUGUUAUAGACUUGGCAUGUGAUGGAUAGAGGGCAGGUAAACUCUACAUAACUUAUUUACACGUUCUGUAUUCCCACAAUUCCAAGAGAUUUGGUGUGAUUAUAGUUCCCACUUGUAUGCCACAAAGCGAGAGGAAGAUCUAACCAAUUUGUGUUGACAUCUAUGCAGAGUCUCUUCGUAGUCGUGUGGUCCAAGAUCUCUUCUAAGAUCAGAAAGUACCUAGAUUUAAACUGUGUAAACUUUUGGUGGAAGCUUUCUACCAUAGUCUGUUGAACUCAUCCGUAGAUAUUUAAAGAAGCACUCGGAGCACCAUUACUGGAGCCAAGAGUGCUUUGAUGCCUCACCAUUGCCAGUCACCAAACUUUUAUAAGCGCUCAACCAUGGUGCAAAAGAAGGUUUCCUGGUCUGACGAAUCACGUUUUCUUUUAGAUGAGACGGAUGGCCAAGUGUGCGCAUUUUUUACCUGGGGAAGAGAUGGCAGCAGGAUGCACUAUGGGAAGUAGAAAAUGUUAUACUCUGGGCAAAGUUCUUUUGGGAAAUCUUAGAUCCUGGCAUUCUAGUGGAUGUUUCUUUAACACAUACCACCUACCUAGAGAUUGUUGCAGACCACGUACACCCCAUUGAGAAAUGGUGUUUCUUGAUGUCAGUGGUAUCUUUUUGGGUUCGACCGAUUAUCGGUCUGGCCGAUGUUAUCUGCCUAUAUUCUGUAUUUUCAGCAAUAUCGGUAUCGGCCAAUAAAGAUACCGAUAUUGCCGAUUAAUGCAGACCAGGGCCGCCAUCAGGGUCCUGUGGGGCCCAGCACACUCUUGCCUACCUUCCCAGUAGCUACCCUGUCUAACUCUCGCGAGUCCCAUGGCCGUCAGAGCGUUGCCACGGGUUACCAUGGCAACGCUCAACACAGCACGCAGGCCUUGAGAGUUGGACAUGGGAGCUGCUGGGAAGGUAAGUAAGAGUGUGCUGGGCCCCCUAGGGAAUGUCAUAUCCCCCCUCCCUGGCCAGGUAAGAAGCAGGGAGAGGGGACUAAUACAAAAUGUAAAAAAAUUAAGUAUUAAAUAAAAAAUGCCACCCCCCCAUUUUACACACACACAACACAUUCACACUCUCUGCAUUCACUAAUCAAAUACUCUCACUGCAUCCGCUACACACACACAUUCUUGAAAACAUAAACAAUUCUGACUGGCAUGUAUAUUUUGUGCAUUUAUCUUAAUAUAAAAAAUGUUUUAUAAAAAAUAAAUAUGUUCAGUUAACAGUAGAUUUGUGCAGAAAUGUUUUUUUUUUUUCUCAAAAUGGUAAAUGUACAGAGCAUCAGUUGGUUAUCGGCCUGAAAGUUCAGAGAUUAUCGGUAUCGACUCUAAAAAAAAAAUAAAAAAAAAAAAAUCAGUAUCGACCGAUCGCUAUCUCUUUUUUUUUUUAAGCAGGAUAAUGCACCCACCCACUCUGCAAAAAUCUUUUUCUAUUUUAUUUUUUCCUCUCCCCUCUGAGAAAUGUGAAUAGUUGAACUUGAUAAACCUUUUCUCAGCCUUAAUUGCUGUGCAAGUAUGUACCAUUUCUAAACGCGAAAAAAGUAAUAUUUUUUGAAAUUGACAGAACAGACUGAUGUUUAAGCUAACCCUGCAACACCAACCUUAUUUUCACGCUUUUAUAUUUCGUCAUUUUGCAUUGUUGCCGCUUGUACUUAGUAUUAUAAAUAUUUUUCAAGUUGUAUAAUUUUAAUACACUGAGUUGCACCAACAUUUCUCUGGAGGAUUAGCUUCCACUUGUCCAUUUAUUUGGCUGUUCAAGAUACCACUUUUAUAUGACUGUGACCACAAAUAAACUAGAGGUGUUUAGCACCUACAUAUAAAUGAGAGGUAUAAUGUGAUGACUUUUUUUUUUUUUUUUUUUAUACUGUGCAAAAUUAAUGAUGGUGAAAGGGAAACUUUAGUUUAAUGGAUUUGUAUGUGUUUAUUUUAUUAAAGCAUUUUAGAGUUAAUGCUUAAAAAUUCAGAUUAGAGGGAAGAUGACUAACCUUUGAAUGAGCCUCAUCAGCUGCAAGUGAGGCAGUGCCUUCUCCAUGGCACUGGGGGCUGUUUGCAGGAAGCAAAUGUCUGGUAAGCAUCUGUUAAAGGGUCACUAUAGCCAACAGAAAAACUACAGCUUAACGUAGUUAUGGGGUCUGUAGCCUGUCCCUGCAGGCUUUUUAAUAUAAACACUGCCUUUUGAGAGAUAAGGCAGGCAGUGUUUACAUAACUAUCUAGUAACACCUCUAAUGGCAGUCACUCAGACAGCCACCAGAGAUAUUUCCUGGGUGCAGCACUGACGUUCAACAUCUGCACGCUCUGAAGACUCCCCAUAGAGCAGAGCUUGACAGAAAUUGUCAGUCCAUUCCCUCCAUCCUCGUGCAGCUUUCUGCGUGACAGAUGGAAGGAAGCUGUAAUUUCUUCCUCCCGGCACUGAGGCUGCACAGGGGAACGGCAAGCUGGCACGGCUCUAGGUAAUGACGGCCAUGUUCGCCACCCCCUUUCCACAGUGUCUGGCGGCUGCCAAGCCAUUACCUUGUGUGACCUCUGUGCUGGGAGGAAAUAAUUACAAUUACCUUCACAUUCUCUGGGUGCACAGAAAGCUGCACAGGGAUACAGUAGGAGGAGGAGGGUAGAGUCUGGACCAGCGGCAGCCCACUGACACCUGCUGCUGCCCAGGCCUACUGGACCUAAGGGAAGCCACCCUCCUGUGCCUAAAAGGUAGGAAACAAGAGGGUGGCUAAAAAUAUGUAUAUAUUUUUUUAUUUUUGUGUUUGUCUGUGACAAUAUGUGUAUCUGUCGUGUAUGUCUCUGUAUUUGUAUAUGGGAGUCUAGCCAACUCCUUGGUUUUGCACCCCUCCCUGUCACAGGUGCCUCAUCUCAGGGCCCUAUUUAGCCUUGUACUGCAGAGAGCCCCAGGUGGAAUUUUUUCCCCCAAGUAAGUGGGUUAAUCUCAUAAGAGCAGACAUUAGGCUUAGUGUAGGACCUACCAAAGAUGGGGUACAUUGACGUUGUGGCAGGCUUAUGCAAUGUAUGAUCAUAUAACGUAACUAAAGCCCCAUUAUUUUUGCCUAGAUUAGGUGUUUAAAAAAAAAUAAAAAUCUUUCAACAUUGAAGUUGCUGUUUAGUGGAUUGGUGAGUGCGCUGGAUCUUGUGUAUUGUAUUAUUUGGCCCCCAGCAGCACCCUCAUUUAUGCAUGUUCAGGUGAGUGCAGCCAAUGCCCUCUUGUUUUAUAGAUUUAUAUAUAUUUACAUAGCUGAAAAGAGACUUGCGUCCAUCAAGUUCAGCCUUCCUCACAUUUGUUUUUUGCUGUUGAUCCAAAAGAAGGCAAAAAACCCAGUUUGAAGCACAAUUUUGCAACAAGCUAGGAAAAAAAUUCCUUCUUGACCCCAGAAUGGCAGUCAGAUUUAUCCUUGGAUCAAGCAGUUAUUACCUACAUUGAAAGAUUAUAUCCUUGAAUAUUCUGUUCUUGCAAGUAUGCAUCUAGUAGCCGUUUGAACAUCUGUAUGGACUCUGAUAAAACCACUUCUUCAGGCAGAGAAUUCCACAUCAUGAUUGUUCUUACAGUAAAAAAACCUUUCCUUUGCCUUAGACGAAAUCUUCUUUCUUCCAGUCUAAACGCAUGGCCUCGUGUCCUAUGUAAAGUCCGGUUUGUGAAUAGAUUUCCACACAAUGGUUUGUAUUGGCCCCGAAUAUAUUUGUAUAAUGUUAUCAUAUCCCCUCUCAGGCGACGUUUUUCUAAACUAAGUAGGUUUAAAUUUGUUAACCUUUCUUCAUAGCUGAUAUGUUCCAUUCCUUUUAUUAAUUUUGUAGCCCGCCUCUGCACUUUUUCUAGUGCCAUAAUAUCCUUCUUUAGAACAGGUGCCCAAAAGCACAGCAUAUUCAAUAUGUGGUCUUACCAGUGAUUUAUAAAGAGGCAAAAUGAUAUUCUCGUCCUGAGAAUGAAUGCCCUUUUUCAUGCAUGACAAUACCUUACUGGCCUUGGCCACUGCUGAUUGACAUUGCACAUUGUUGCAUAGUUUGUUGUCUAUAACAAUUCCCAAGUCCUUUUCGUGUGUUAUCCCUAAUUCGCUUCCAUUAAGGGUAUACGUUGCUUGUGUAUUCUUUACGCCGAAGUGCAUAACUUUGCAUUUUUCAACAUUAAAUUUCAUCUGCCAUUUGAGUGCCCAGUCUAUCUAAAUCCCUCUGCAGCAAAGUAAUAUCUUGCUCACAUUGUAUUAUUUUACAAAGUUUUGUGUCAUCUGCAAACACUGAAACAUAACUUUCAAUGCUGUCUUCAAGAUCAUUUAUAAACAUGUUAAAUAGAAGGGGUCCCAGAACAGACCCCUGAGGGACACCACUUUCCACCUCUGUCCAGCUUGAAAAUUUACUGUUAAUGACAACUCUUUUUGUACUCUGGUUUUAAGCCAAUGUUCUACCCAAGAACAAGCAUUUUCAUCUAGACCGAUUUCCUUGAGUUUGAACACUAAUCUAUUGCGUGGAACUGUAUCAAAUGCCUUGGCAAAAUCCAAAUAGAUCACAUCCACGGCAACACCCUGAUUUCUACUUCUUCGUAGAACGCAAUCAAGUUAGUUUGACAUGACCUGUGCUUCAUAAAACCAUGCUGAUUUUUGCUGAUAACCAUGUUCUUCUCAAGGAAUUCUUGAAUAUUAUCCUUUAAUAACCUUUCAAAUAUUUUCCCACUCACAGAAGUUAAGCUCACAGGUCUAUAAUUUCCAGGCAAGGAUUUUGAACCCUUUUUGAAUAUAGGAACCACAUGCAAUAUAUUGAAGGGGGGGUUGGUUACAGGACGGUAGCUGACUGCCAUAGGUGGAAGCUAUCCCUGCAUGAGAGAAUGUAUCUCGUGCCUCACCUAAUGCCUCUUUUCCCUUGUGAGAUUAAGGAGUAGCGUAAAGCCUCUGUAGGGCCAUAUGCAUCAACAGCUGGCCCCAGGGGGUGCCGACAUCUCCACUUUCACCCGACACCAGGUAAAGCCCUCCAACCAUGAGCUUCUCGGCAUAGCGGAGACUUGAGGGACCCCUCAGUCUUAGACCCCCUUCUCCUAGAGUCCACCAACCGGACGGCCUCUACACCUCCACUGUCCUGGUAGAGUCUCGGUAGGUCAGACAGGAUUUGUGUGUUGUGCCUCCGUGAGCCCCCUCUAACGCAGGCCACUCCUCCAAAGCAUGGUCCACAAGGCCCUGAGGCCACCAGUCCGCCGCAGGCCCCCACAGUCCAGCCCGGCCAUGCUCACAGCAACGGGGAGCAACACCCUGCAGGCCUCCGGAUCACCUAGAGGUAGAGGUCACUGCUGUCUCACCCGAGACAGCCUGGUUCUCAUGUUGCCAUAACCUGUCGGCAAUCCCUCUGAGGCAGCCUCGUCUGUUCCCUGGCAAGGCAAUAAGGGAGCUUCCGCAGUGUGAGCGCUGCCUCCCAUGCAUACAUAGAGUCGAAGCUGUAUCCAAACGUCCAGCAAGUGAAGGCUGGGAACCAUUAACUCGUAAGUGGAAACUUGCUGGAUAUAUUAUCUGCCGAAUGCAUGUACUGCGUUAAUAUCUGUACCUUUCUGAAUCUGAACUCAUUAUCCACACAGUGUUUGCAUGACAAGUUAGAUUUAAAGGGAUUCUAUAGUGCCAGAAAAACACAUCCUUUUUCCUGGCACUUUAAAAUCCUACAGUACUCUCCUCCCUCGUGCACAACCCCCCCCCCCCCCCCCCCCCCAGCGGAGCUGAAGGGGUUAAAUCCCUUGGCGCUAGGUCAGGCUCGGCCAUGCUCCUUCCCUGCCGGCGGGGGAGACCUAAUGCGCAUGGGCGGCAAUGGCCGUGCUCACAUUAGGAUGACCCCAUAGGAAACCAUUAUUCAAUGCUUUCCUAUGGGGAAAAAAGCUGACGCUGGAGGUCCGUUUCAAACCGGGAGCCCCUCUAGUGGCUGUCUGGUGGACUAGCGGUGGAGUCAACCCUGGAUAUUAUUGCAGUUUUUCAAUAAGGGACAUGGGACAUUGCACACAGACAACUUCAGUGAGCUGAAGUGGUCUGGGUGCGAACAGUUUCCCUAUAACUUGCAGAACCAGACCUUUGAAUUAUUGCUUAGUCAGAAAUAACACAUUGCAAUUGCAUGGCACAUUAAACGUGCACAGUUGUUUUCUAAAUAACUAAUGCUAAAAUAAUCACCCCAGAUGUUUGUGAGCAAGUGAAUGUCAAAGAGAAAUGUAGUUCGCAAACAUUUGAGGUAAAAAUGUUAGUCCUCCAUACUUCUUAUCGAACAUUUAAUUACCGGUACUACAUCUUUUUUUGGCUGGGAAACUGUUUUUAAAGCAGGGGUGCUCAAAAGGUAGAUCCCCAGAUGUUUAAAAACUACAGCUUAUAUGAUGCUUUGCCAUGCUUUGUAAUUCUAAAUGCAGGCAAAUCAUCAUGGGAGUUGUAGUGCUACAACAUCUGGGGGAUCUACCUUCUUGGCACCCUGGUUUAAAGGGCUAACCUCCAUGACCACUUCUACAUUUAGAAGUGGUCCAGGUGGUAGGAAGCUGUAUGUGUAGCUUUUCUGAUUCUAGGCUGCCUAACGUAAGUUCUGUGCACUGAAAGCGGACGUAAGAGUGCAAAGUGAAAAUUAGAGUUUAAAAAAACAAAGACUAAAAGGACAGGACCACUGCACGCAGUCAUUGAGACAAAGUGGCCCUGGAGACUUUAGUGGACAUUUAAGUAACUAGCAAUAAAAGCCAAAGGAAAAAAGUUACCUGCGCUCUUUCCCAAAUCCCUAUGCAAGUUUAAAUAAAUUGAGGUUAUUUAGUAACUCCAAUGGCCAUGUCAAGGCAAACCUCUUAGCUGGGUCCACACUAACAAUUCACCUGUCUACCUUCAGCUUCAGGCAAAGAAAUCUCUGAGACAGAGAGGGGUAUUUUCUAAACCCCCUACAUACUUAUUAACCCUUAAUAGGGAAUACAUGGGAUGGGCGGCAACAUUGUAAUGUGGCUGUGUGAUACAAAUACACAAACAUAAGUCCUGCUCUCAGACUCCCACAGCUCCUGGGCAUCAGCAAUGACCAUAGCCAAAUACAUUCAAUAAAAACUAAAGAAAAAAGAAUGUAUCUGCACACUAGCCCAAAGUGAAACAUUUACUAGCAAUCUUUGUAUGUUUAUGCUAUGCCAAACAAUACCAAAGCGUUGCUUACUGUUUUAUUCACACUAGCAAAUGUCAGUGAUUAUCAAUGAUGGUGUGAGGUGAUGAUGCAAUUCAUUUAUUUUUCUUGUUUUAUUUUUAUAAAAUUUAUUUUCAAGACAUUUCCUUCAGAAACUGUUAUGCCCUUACAUGUUUUCUGUUUUGCUUUCAUAGAAUGUAACCUUUAUAUUUGGUCUCUUUUUUUUAUUUUUAUUUUUUAUUUAUUUUUAUUUUUUAUUUAUUUUUUCUCAAUAAAACCAUGCAAUGGCAUUUCAUGUUUAUAUUUAUUGCAACCCUUUCUUUUCCUCUAGAGGUCAGUAUAAGACCAUAUAUUGCUCUUGAGUGUUUACAAAUCAAAGUCUCUCUUGCUUUGACAUUUUACUACAAGGCACCGGAGGCUCAUAUCAUGCUCCCUCAGAUGAACAUUUGGACCAUAUAGGAUUUCCCUCUUUGCCCCAUCUGCUAUUUCUUCUUGAUAUUGCCCUUGCCUCCCCCGCUUCCACCCCAAACUUUAGUUACUGUAAAAUUUUGCUCCCCGUGAUGCCUCUCCUUAAUUUUGACCUGUAUCUGCCACCUACCAUUCUCUCCUUGAUCAUGAUUGUUUUAUUGUGUUAGCUACAGUUCAGAGAAAAACUGGUGAAGGCAAUGUUAGGAAAGGUGUGUGUUUUUUUUUUUUUCUUCUUUUUUUUCUUCCUAAUGUCCAAAAAUCCAGUCUCCUGAUUACUUAUUAAACCUAUGUUCUAAUGUCUGUUUGCUAAAAUUAUGUAUUAUUUAUAAAGCGCCAACAAAUUCCACAGCGCUGUACAAUGGUUGGACUAAGAGACACGUAUUUGUAACCAGACGAGUUGGACACACAGGAAACGAGGGAUUGAGGGCUCUGCUCCAUGAGCUUACAUGCUAGAGCAGGGGUUCUCAACCCAGUCCUCAGGACCCCCUACCAGUCCAGGAUUUGGGGAUUACCUGGGUGUGUCUCAGGUGUUUAGAAAAAGGGAAAAAAACACCUUAGACUCUAAUGUGUUUUUUUUUCUUCCUUUUUCUAAACACCUUAGACACACCCAGGUAAUCCCUAAACCCUGGACUGGUAGGGGGUCCUGAGGACUAACGUUGAGAACCCCUGUGCUAGAGGGAGUGGGGUAUAGUGAGAAAGUGUUGGUAAAGGCACCCUAGUGUCAGGUUUGCACUUGUUUGUGUCCUUUUCCCAGUUGUAACAGACGUCAAUCAUUAUUUCAUGUGUGUUGCUUUAUUUUUCUGCCACAGAAAAACCGUCUCCGAUGGCUGCUAUACAGUUCCUAAUGAUUUACAUCUUAAUGAAUUGGUUUAGUCCAAAGACUCUGUCCCUUUUUUAUGACCGUGUAAAAUAUUGCCAUUUCAGAGAACAGGCAAGGUUGACAUUAUUCUGAAACUACGCUUCUAUUGGCUGUAACACUGACGGCCGUUUGAACCUUUUCUCGACUGAAUACCUUUAAGGUCUUCACACACAGGGUUAUCAUGCAGAGCAUGAUUAAAAAUGCUGCCAAUGAUUCUCACAGAGCAGCGUUGGAUUCUAUGAUUUUCUGUAAGAAUGUCCGGAUACCCAACUCUACCCAGUAUAGUUUACUCAUUUAUUGUGACGCUGUCAGGGUUAUUCACUAAAUUGAGAAUUCAAAGUGAAUUCAAGAAGAAUCUAAAAUUUUAGGCCAAAGUAGCCGAACUGAAAGCAAAGAUGAUUAAGAUAAUUUUUCCAAUUCAGCAACAUUUGUGUCAGAUUAUCGGUUAUUGACUUUGGUUUGACUUAUCUCAUCGCUCCAAAACUGACUUUGGGUUGCUUAAGCCUGUUGUUCAUACAAUGUACUCCAGGGCUCAAAAAAUCCCAGGCACCAGGUUGCUGUGAUGACUAGGAUUUUUGCCCUGACACUUGGGAUUUGUUUCCCUGUUCAGCCCCCGCGGUGGUCGGCUGACUGUGAGUGGAUGCAGGUGGGUGUCCCAACAGUUUAAGAGUAGACGCAUGGGUGGGUAGGCAGGCUGGCGGUUCAUGGAGGGUUGAGGUAGGUGGAUGGUUGGCGAGGGAGCGGUCGUCUCCCUGUCUGCUCCCUCGCGCGCCCUCAAGUGAUGCAGGGAGCUGGAAUAUGACAUCACUCCGACCAAUGCAUCACUAAACAGCGCUGUAUGGAGCAGAGCAGGGAGAUGACAACAGCCCCACUGAACCCAGGGAAAACUGAACGAUUGCAGCUUCCCUAAAGGCUUGGUGGACAUGUGAAAAUAAUAAAUUGUGAAUGUGUGAGAAAAUGUCUGCGUGUAUCAGUUGAGAUGUGUGUGUCAGUUUAGGUGACCGCCCCCCUCCAUUCACAAGAGAAUGGGGUUUUUGCUCACCUCUUUUUCCCAAUGCCAUGCCGGUCUCUCCACAUGUGGCCUGGUCACUAUAGCUGAGAUCAUCUAUCUUGAUAAUCUCGGCGAAUCCGAUGCUUAAUUAAUUCAAUGCAUCUAUAUGGGGAAUGUUCAGCGCCUCAAUGCAGAGCGUGGAGACGCUGAACGUAGGUGCUACGCACUGUGCAGCGCUAACACGGUACACCUCUAGAGGCCAUCUGACUGUCAGUAGAGGUGUUACUAGACAGUAAUGUAAAAUCUGCCUUUUCUCUGCCAAGGCAGUGUUUACAUUGAAAGGUGUACAUUAAUUUGGAGGGACACUAUAGUCAUAGUGUCCCUUUUUAAAAUUGUAAAAACCUGGCUCCUAACUUUUUUUUUUUUUUUUUAAAGCUGGCUCCUAGAUUUCAAGCAAAUUUAUCGAGCCCUGCUGUACUCCCUUGACAUAAACCUUUUCUUUUUACUAUUUUCUGUCUAUAUACUAUAUUAAAUCUUGCCACAUCUUAGGAUCGGUAAUGUGUACUGUCCUUUGAACUCUUUUGUAUUGUGUUGGAACUCUGUAGUAUCCUAACGAGGAAGAAUUGGUUUAGCAGAGCUUUUCAUUUGUAGCACGUGCACCAUAGGUCCCUAAUGCGAAACAUUGGAUUGUUUGUUUGGACUGAGAUUAUUAUUAUUAUUAUUAUUAUUAUUAUUAUUAUUAUCAUUUAUGUAACGUCAACUUAUUAUCCAGCAGCGCUAAACUCCUUGAUCUCAGAAGAGGCAGAACAUGGACCUGUAUCUAAACUGUAGAGUCACACACCUAAAUAUAGAUUUGUAUUUAUUUUAAAUCUAAUCAUUCCUUUUAAUUUGAGAAAUAAUUAUCAAGGUUGGAAAAUGCAUAAAAUCUAUUGUACAUUGAAAUGAGUUCUGAUUUUGGACCCAAUUUAUCACUGAUGUCUGUCCUUGUUCCACAACUGCUGGGGUACAAGCAUUUUCCAUUUUGGCCAGCUAAAUGGCCUUAAAACUGUUGUGGAUUUUAGUUGCCAUUAUACCAUCCAUUUUGCCUGGCUGAGCAUCGUGGGAAACAAAUUUCACAAUAAGAGGUAGUGCCACAAGUUCACAAUAAUGUGCUUUACAGUUGUCAAUCUGUAUAUUCACUUCUACAUCACUAGAUGGCAGUAUAGAACAUAAUUUGAUAUAAUCAAAAUCUGGCUCCUCAAGGUGUAUUAUCAUUCAUUUGGAACCAAACAAGAUGUUCAACAAGUACUCUGAUUAUUGGGCUGGGGGCCCACGGGCAAUGUGAACCAGAUGUGCUUCUUGAAAGUCUCUAGUUGAAGUAACAGACACUGUUCAUUUCCAUUCGUUAUCCAGUAACAAACAUCUUCCUUUUCACUAAACACGAACUAUGAAGGUCAGGAACAACCCUAGACCUGUUUUUGCUGCAUUGUGGUUAAAUCAGGUAAUCGUGUGUUUUUUAGGAUGUGCUUGUGUUUUGGGUCAUGGUGUUCUCUUAUUUGCAGUAAUGUAUUUAUAUUGCGUACGUGGAAGGAUAAUUAUAAACACACAACAUGAAGCCACAGUAUACACAAGCAGACGUAUUAUUGAGUCUCGGAUGUUUGUAUUUAACAUCUACUAGUGCAACAUGUUAUUUGCACCCUGAAAUUUGAGAAUCAACUGUACGUGAUAUACCUCAGUAAUGCUUUGUAAUAUUUUAUUACAGGGUUUGACAAAUUUGCUUUGCUAGAAAAGUUAGGAGCCAGAGAAAUCAACACCACAAAUAUUCUUAAAGGGACACUAUAGUCACCAGAACCACUACAGCUUAAUGUAGUUCUGAAGUCUAUAUCCUGUCCCUGAAUGCUUUUCAAUGUAAACACUGACUUUUCAGACACAGGGCAGUGUUUACAUUGCUGCCUGGUGAUACAUCUAGUAACAGUCACUGAGACUGCCUCUAGAGGUGCCUCCUGGGUCAGUGUGACACACUGUGCAGUAUCUACGUUAAUGUUCCAUAUAGGGAUGCGUUGGUUCGAUACAUGUCUGAGAAGUUAAAUUGGCGCAGUGGCAUUUUGCCCUGCAUGUGCAAUUGUUUCCCCAAUGCUUUCCUAUGGGGAAGCAUUGGAUUGGCUGAGAUAGUCAAGAUUAAUGAUCUCAGCCAUGGAGGUGGGGCCACGGCGUCACCAGCACGGCGUGGGAAAAAUGCUAAGUAAGAACACCUUUCCAUGUGAUUGGAGAGAACACACGCACACACGCACACACACGCACACGCACACACACAUGCACACACCCUCACAGACAGACAUACUCACUCACAAAUAAUUACUUUUUUAAUUUUAAUGUAAAUCCACCCAGUCUCCCUACCUUUUUGGAGAGCUGUAGUGCAUAGGCUUUGCAUGGGGUCUAGUAGGGCUGCUGUAAUCUCAUUGCUCUGCUCCCUCUUGUGCACUGUUUACUGAGCCGGGGGCCAAAGUGAUGUCAUAACCUGGCAUCAGUGCAAGGCACGCGAGAGGGCAGAGCAGGGAGAUUAAAGCUCACUCGCUGCUGCAAUAAGUCAGCCGCCCACCUCCCUCAGCUCUCUAUUUGCCAGCCAGACGCUCCCUCCAUUCCUCAGUCAGCCGGCCACCUCCCUGAAGGCACCCAGCAGCCCCCUCCUUCCCCAGGUCAGCUGCCUGCCUCAGCCAUCAGUCAGCCGCCUGCCUGCCUCUGCUCUGAGGCAGCCGGUUACCUCGGGGGCUGAAAAGGCUCAGAAAUCCAGAGCGCCAGGACAAAUGUAAUGGUCUCCAUGGCGAACUGGCGCCUGGGGUUUGUAGAGCCCUGUUUUGUGGGCUAAUUCCCUAUUUCUCAUACUCCUUAGCUGGAUGAGCAGAAUUAAAGGGAAGGUGUGUGUGUGUGUGUGUGUGUUUUAUUUUUUUAUAAUGUCUUUUAUAUUUUAGUUUUCAGCAAUUUGUAUUGUCAGUAGUAAGUACCAUUAUUCCAUGAAAACAAUAAGGUGUGUCGUCAAGAAGUAUACAUUUAGACCAGAUUCUUGAGGCAUAUAGGUUUUUUGUUUGUUUUUAUACAUAGUUUGGAAGUGUUUAACAAUUGUGGAAACAUAAAAUAGUUCAAUAUAGUCAUAUUACGCAGUAAAUUGUAAAAAUACCAUGGUCUUCAUCGAUAACGUUGAGAAUGGUUAUAGCAUGUUUUUCCUACCCUAAUGUGGCGUGGUCACACUGAACUUGCCUUUCUCCUAUGGAUUUCUCUACUCUUCCUCUCAAAAUCUGGUCUUUUCUUUAUUUCUGAUCUAGUUUUCUUUAAAACAUAAGACACAGUAGGGGCUACUUUUGUCUUAUUUGACACAGGAAAUGGAGCUGACUUAAACUCCUCUAUCAAAGAAAGUGUAAAAAAAAAAUACACAAGACAAAGAAUAGAUUCUGAGAGAGGAAGAGAUGAGGAAACAAUAGGUGAAAGGUAAGUUUGGCGUGACAUUGCUGCUUUAGGCAUAUUCUCAUCCCAUAAUGUGACAGGCAUGCAUUAUUCUGCAAGAAUAAUGUACUCAAGACAGAAAAAUUUGAUGAACCUUGGUUUGCAAAACAUUGAAAGAGGAUGGUGAGAUAUUCAAAGUGAGAACAGAGGGGGGAAAAGGUGUGGAGAGGAGUAGAGAAAAGGGUCCUUGUGGUGCUUCCCCUGGCCUUUUACAUUAAGAUGUAUCAAUGAUGUGAAUACAAGCACAGUUCACUAUAUGGGUCUUUAUUUGAGUUACCUGUGUUGAUUGUUUGUGCUCCAUGCAAAGUGGCUGUCUUCUCCUGCACAGCUCUUAUGUCACCCACUCUGUCCACCCAUUGCUGGAACUUGGAUUCUUUAUUUCUCCAGAGAGUAGGGAUGAGGGACUUUGUAGCAUUUAAGAAUUGCUUAACAAACAUCUUAUACAUAGAAAUAGGUAAUGAACUGCUAUGCAGUAACAUGACAUCACAUUUAAACUCUAGAGAAGUUCCCAGCGUUGCUUCCAUUACACCAUGUAUUCUUUAAUAAUGGGGCGUACUCAGCAAAUGUGUAGUGUUGCGCUGGCCCAUGCCUUCAGCUCAAGAAACGUCUGAUUAAAUAUGUUUUAUCUUAUGGAGAAUCAGGGGAGUCCUAUACAAGCGGGUUAACAGACGUUCAGCUCUUCAUAACAAAAUAAUAAGAGCGCUCAUGUAAUAAAAAAAAUUAUGGACCAUUGGGACAAUGGCCAUCCUACUGAUUGUAGCAAAUAAAAUAGCAGGGAGCCCCACUGGGGAGUUACUGUUCUUUAUCACUUAGUGGGUUAUUUACGAACUUACGAAGAUCCCCAUACAGAAAGGAGCAAAACCAUCAGGUUGCAUAUGGGGAAAUUAGGACUGCAAAAUCCCUUUGUUGCAAUAUGUAUGAAUAUCCAAGAUUUGCAAUACUGUUUUUGAGGCAACCUUAUGUCCCUAUUUCAGUCUGUCCGAAAGGUGGUGCUGGACGCCUGAAAUCCAGGUCCAGCUACUUGAAUGAGUAUCUAAACUAACUUCAGACGGGCGCUAUUUUAUUGGAGUCACGCCACAUGUUUUUCGUCAGUCUCCCCUACCAUCCGCUUCAUUUGAUAUCAAAGGAGUUCCCUCCCUACCUCCCAUUUCUAAGUGUAAACCUUCUUUUGCUUUAACACAAAAUAAGUAGGUUUAUUUUUUUAUUUGUGUUUGUUUUACAUUCUGUUCUUACAGUGUACACUAUUGUGGGUUUACUUCAUAUAUCUAUAUAUACGGAGAGAGAUCCACAUCACCUAUAUCCUAGAGCAGGGGUAGGCAACCUUCGGCGCUGCAGAUGUUGUGGACUACAUUUCCCAUAAUACUCUUGCACCCAUAAUGCUAGCAAAGCAUCAUGGGAGGUGUAGUCCAAAACAUCUGGAGUGCCGAAGGUUGCCUAUGCCUGUCCUAGAGUGGUGAUCAUACCACUUCACAAGAUAUCCUUGGAGCCAUACACUAUUUAUAUACACCUGCUACUUAGCUCUACAUACUACACUAUAUACUUUUUUUUUUUUUUACCUCAUUUGGCGGGGAUUAUUCCAUCCAUGCGUUCCAGUUGGAGCUGUGUUCAUGUGCCCUAAAAGUGUUCAUAUCCAAUGUUACUUACCCUUAUUCCAUCAAGAAGUUGUUAACUUGCUACACUAUCAGUUAUUUUUGUCUCUUCCUUUUUACGAUUCCUUAUGUCUACAAAAGGGCAUUUAUGUAGACAUCUUAUUCCUUACAAGAGAGACUCCGUAUUUGGUGAUAAGGCUGCCUUGUGGACUAGAUCAGUAUAAUACAAGCCCUGAAUUUUUUCUGUUUUUUACCUAUCCAAACUAUCCCGCGCAUUGUUCGAAAUAGCCCUCGGCAGUGGAAGGAUUAAGUUAUGUGGCAGCUAGCCAGCACUUGCCCAAAAAAAAAAAUAUAUGGCGAUCAAUAAGACCCUACAUUGUAGACAAACUACAUGGAGGAAAAAAUUCAGUAUUAAUUUGUUGCUUACUAGUGGAAGGAAAAACCUUGAAACAAAAAAUUAAUAGAUAUAUUGAUUUAUAUUUUUAAUAGUGUAGAAGAAUAGAGUCCUUGUUAAAUAAAAAUUAAUAAGGGAAAUGGAGAACAAAGUGCACUUUUUUUUUUUUUUUGGUGGAAAGAUGCAGGGGAAAGGGGGCAACUAUGCCAAGACAUCAACAUCGUUUCCACAUUGGAAUAUCAACAAAGCUUACUAUGUUAACUGUAGUAUGGAAACCUAGCAACUAAAUCUGAUGGGAUUUACGCUUUAAAAAAAAGAAAUGAUGGCCUAAAAGGAUUUAUAGCUGCAGAAAUGGAAAAAGUUGAUACAGUCAAUGAAAUAUGAAAUGCUGGACUUUGCGGACUGGAAAAUAAGACUAGUAAAUAACCUAUUCAUGUACAGUGAAAAGUUCAGAAAGCUUAACAAAACAAGUUGUACAUUUUAAAAUGGAUCCAUUUGAGAUUACCUGAAUGAUGUCUGACUUUUUUAUAAUUCUGUAGAGCAGACAUCUCACAUUAAAUAUAACAUUAAAGGAAACAGUCACUUUUUUUUUAAAUUUAUUUUUUUCCAUUUAAAUUUAUAUUAAAGAUUUAGCAAAUGACAACAGCAGAGUUCAAACAAUAAUACGCCAGGGCAAACAUUGCAAAUUAAGGAGAGAAACUGCAACAUUUAAUUUUAUUUUUUUCCAUUUCUGCUUGCUUUUCAUUUAUUGACUACCAGAUAACCAUGAUUGACCAGAGCAAAAAUGGGAGGCACUCAGAUGCAGUCUCAUAUGUGUAUUUAAGCAUUCAAGUUCAUUUUUCUUGUGAAAUAAAGCAAAGGAGACGUAUGUGCCGCUACACCAAAUAAGGAGGGAAAUGUUGAUUAAAAACUACUGAAAAUGUGUAUACAAAAUUUCACAAAAAUAGAAGGAAACUAAUUACUCACUCCUGCAGUAAAUGGGCUCCAAGUUUUUGGUGCUGGCAGCAAUGUUCCUCCAAUUGUGAAAAUUCUCACAAAUGUCUUUAAAUGUAAGGUUAAGUAAACAUAAAAAUUCUGAGAUUUCAUUGGGGUUCUACUGUUUAUAUUUCUCUGAUUCAGUAGAAUGGUCUAAUCAAAUUCUUUGAUAGGACCACAAGGGCAAUGGUGAUGUUGAAGAACACGUGGAAAUCGAUAUAUAGAACAGUGAUAGUUACAACUCUAAGCUGCAUAUAUCUCAAUUACUAAAAUACUUAUUACAGGAGCACAGUUUUUCUGAUCUCCAGUGUAAAGUUGUUGUUUUUUUUUAAAUUUAUUUUUGUUUUGUUUUUUAGGUUUACUGAGUUCUUAUAUCUUAGGCCCAUCUGGGUAUUUUAUAGGGAAAAUGCAUAUUUCACAUAUUUUAGAUUUUAUAUACAUAAAAAGUUUAGGUUAGAUAUUUCAUCUGCUCCAUAGAACCCUCUAUCUCCAUAGUGCUAUUUUAGAUUUGUAUUUUUCAUGCGUGUGGUGUUAUCCAAUUUUUCUACAAUUUUUUUUGUCACAGCUGCAAUUAAAAGUGCAAUUUGCCAAUACUCCUAACAUUAGUAAACUUCGUAUUGCCUCUCACUUUGCAUUACUGCUGCGCUGUGGAUAAAUCCGUGGAAUUUAUUAAUCUUCUGGACUAUGCUCCGAUCUAGUUAUUCCCGGUUGUAGAACGUCUUGCUUUUGUAAACGCGUAGAGCAGCAUGAAACUAUCUGUACCAUAUGCUGCCAGAUGUUUUAGUUGUAAUGUUGUCCAACAUUUCCACAGUGGGCAAUAGAACUUUGAAAUAUAUUUUAUGAAAGGUCACAACUUAUUUGAAAGCUGUUGGAUAGAAAAUGUUGGUUUUAAGUCUUACUAAGGCAAUCCUUCAUGGGAGUUGUAGUCCAUCUGCGGUUGAAUGGCUAUGGUUGAACUCACUAUGUAGUUCAAUCAAAGACUGGAGGAUUCAUACCAGACCAUAUGUUUUCAUAACUUUCUUUUUUCUUUUUUUUUUCCUGUAGUUUACAAGGCAGUAAAAUGUAAAUUUUAUUCUUAUUUAGGAUGCUUAACAAUAGCCAAAUACUGGCAUCAGCCCUUUGACUUUGUAGCAGCUGGAGUUUAGACAACUAUCUGUAGUGUUUUUUUUUUUUUUGUUUUUUUUAAACUAUAUCUGACUUUUGCACCUCACCCAAGGGAAAUAGUGAUUUUUGCUUUGGAUUGAUAUUGGGAUGGACUAACACCAUUCAAAAUCUGGAUUUAUGUGUAUGCUUGAUUGUAAAUCAUUUUCUUGCAGAAUGGCUAAAUAUUUGUUUUACAUAUUUAGAUUUUAUAUACAUACAAAGUUUAGACUACAUAUUUAAUCAGCUCUAUACAACUUUCUCUUUCUCUCUAGUGUCAUUUUAAAGGGACAUUAUAGUCACCAGAAUCAUCAGAACAGUUACAGCGUAUUGCAUUUGGUCAUACCCUUCAGGCUUUCUGCAGUUAACGCUGUCUUUUCCAUUACAACCUAGGGAUACCUACAGUGGCCACUCCUUAAAAUGCUACUGGAGGUGCUUCCUGUGGCAGUGCUGCUCAGUGUGCAUCCUUGACAUUCAGUAUCUCCAUCCUCUGCAUGGAUACACUGAACAGAUAAGAUUUUUACUGUAUUUGGUGUGUGUGUGUGUGGGUGGGUGGGGCUGGGGGGGGUGGACAAUUGGGGCUAGAUAGUGUUUUUAACACUAGGGUCAGGAAUACAAUUGUGCUCCUCACCCUAUAGUGUUCUUUUAACCCCUUAAGGACCACAUUUCUGGAAUAAAAGAGAAUCAUAACAUGUCACACGUCAUGUAUCCCUAAGGGGUUAAAUAAUUUAGAUUUUUAUUUUUCCUGCAUGCUUUGUUGAGGUCGGUCUCUGUCUCCAUCUCCAUGUCAUUGAAAUUUUGUCAUUUGUAUAUUUUUAUGGUAAGUGCUCACUUAGAUUUGUGGAUAUGUAAAUUCAAAUAGUUUUCUUGCAAAACCGCAAUGGUUUCAUAAAACAAAAAGGGAUAUUUGACAUAAUUAGAUUUUCUGUACAUGAAAAGUUUAAAUAGCAUAUUUUAAACUGCUCUACAAUGUUCUCCGUCUCCAUGCUUGAAAUGAGAGGGGGGUAUUGCACAUAGAACACUCCAUUGAGGUGAAGUGGUCUGGGUGCCUAUAUGUUCCUUAAAGCAUGUUGUGCUGAAUAAUAAUUCACUAUACAAAUAAUUUUUCUGCUAGUUGUCACCACUCAGCGAUAUGUUGCAGCAAUUCUCUAUAACUUUACAUUCCCUUGCCAAAAUGUCAGCAUGGUGUCAAAAGGCUUCAUUUGUAUGGCGUGCAGCUUUUGGGAAAUUAGCCGGUUUAUUUUCUUCCAUCUUCUAGUUUUCUUAGAAUUUUGAAACGGGUGCCUUUGACAGUUCCCUUCUGACAUCUGCUGCAAGUAAAACAAAAAAAUCUUGAAUGCUUCGGUCUACGUCACUUUCCCUGAGGGUCCGAAGAACCAGAUCAUAUUUGAGAACAUUGUGUUCAAGACUUUUUUUGAAAAUGCUUACAAAUGUCUAAAGACCAUGCUGAUUUUUAACUUGCAGGAAUAAGAAGUGUCACUCUUUAUUCUUUAAUAAUUUCCUCUGAUUAGAUAAUCGCUUUUUUGGGUACACCGUGUAAACAAAAUUGCAGUUUGUGAUACUGCAGUGUUACAUUUUUUUCUCAACAGAAUUAUUAAAAAAAUUCCCUAAAGAGUAAAAUUUUUUUUUUUUUUUACACCUUAGUAGAUUCGUUUCGUAUAACCCAGUUUGUCUUAUAGGGACAGCUCGACCAAAAUAACAUCAUAACCGACCUGACCAUAAAUGCUUCUAGUGGUGUGUGUGUGGAUGUAUGUGUGUGUAUGUAUAUAUGUGUAUAUAUAUAUAUAUAUAUAUAUAUGUAUGUAUAUAUGUAUGUAUGUAUGUAUAUAUGUAUAUGUAUAUGUAUAUGUAUAUGUAUAUGUAUAUGUAUAUAUAUAUGUAUAUAUAUGUAUAUGUAUAUGUAUAUAUAUGUAUAUGUAUAUGUAUAUAUAUAUGUAUAUGUAUGUAUAUAUAUAUGUAUGUAUAUAUAUAUGUAUGUAUAUAUAUAUAUGUAUAUGUGUGUGUGUAUAUGUAUGUAUAUAUAUAUAUAUAUAUAUAUAUAUAUAUAUAUAUAUAUAUAUAUAUAUCUCUAUCGCGCUAGAUGUAGUUGACAUGGCUAUUUCAUUCCUGUACAUCCAUACUAGGCUUUAUUUAUUUAUUUUUUGGUCUUUUUUUCAAUUUGACCAUUUUUAUUGUUGGUACUUGUUCGGAAGUAACAGCAAUGUACAUUGUUAAAAGUCAAAUAAAAAAAAAAAUGCGUAUGAAUCAAAUGCAUUCAGAGGAACACAGGUGAAGUAAGUUUUUAUACACAACUGUAAGUGCAUUUGGUACAUUAAAAUAUGCUUACAUAAAUUCGCAGGGACCAACUUUUAAAUACCGUGAAGUAAGUAUUAACAAGAAUACACACAAGCUCAUACAGGGCAUGGAUAUACCAUCGAUUUCCAAACGCGUACCAUUAACCUCCGCAUUAGCAGGGUUUGUCAUACCUAUUUUAUUACAUCUUUUGUUUCUAGUCAUACAUCUGUCAUGGGUAAGGCCUCUACACCUCCUACGCUAACUGGAACUCCUACAUAGUCCGCUUCUGGGACACUAUAAGAAGUUAGCCUGAGUGUGACUGUCGGUAAUAAAUUAGUAGCAGAAUAACAGAGGAAAUGAGAGAUACAUAGAGAAUGUCUGCUAUAUACUAAGCGUCGUUGGGUCGAUUUCUUUGGUCCAAAUUGGGUCGAGGACAUUGCCUAAUAUGUCUAAUUCUGCUUGAUUUGAUUGACUAAUCAGUGAUAUUCUGGUGUUAAAGUGACUUUUCACAUCCUGGUGAUCAUUAGUUUGGCCGAUAUUAAAAUAUGAUAUAAUAUUGCCUUAUGCGGUUUGAGGAGAUUUUUUUUUUUUUUUUUUAUAUUUAUUUUUCGUGCAUAGAUAUAGAUAACAUUUAGUCUAGUAAUGCCACAACAGCGAUUACCAUAGUUACAGUUGCAUGGCAUGAGAGACUGUGCACAUUUUUAAGGUUAAAGACGAGUAACAGUAGUGUGUGGUGGAUUAAACAGCACGUUUUUAGAAGAGGGGGGAAAAAAAAAUAACAUGGAAGUAUCUGGCUAUAUAACAUCAGCAGACUGUUUUAAACUUGCUAAGCUAGACAGUCUUAUUAGUUUUGUUACGUUUAAAAAUUAUGUUAAGUAUAUGGCAUUGCAUUUCUGAGAAGGUCAAACAUGUAUACUUAUGCCAGAAUUAUAACUGCGUAAAUUCUUGUUUUAGUUGAGAACAUUUUAAACACUUUAAAGUGAGGCAGGUUAAACAGUACAUUUUGUUUUGAAAACAUGAAAAUAUCUGGCUUUAUAACAUCAAUAGAUUUUAUUUUUUUUUUAAUCUUGCUAAGCGAAACAGGCUUAUGAUUAAUUCAAAUGUGUUGAAGGUUAUGUAAAAUACGUGGCAUUGCGAUUCUGAAAGGGUCAAUCUGUUAUACCUAUGUCAUAAUUAUAACUGCUUAUAUUCUUUCUUUUGUUAAGGGUCAAGAUAUGCCUGGCAGGUAAACAAAAAAAAGGGUGUGGGGGGCACCCAAAUUGAGAGCAUCUAUAAACAUUCUGCCUAAGGUUACCCACGUUGUGUGUCAUACUGCAAUACUAUGCCGAUAGUCAUGUAAGUUUACUGGCUAUAUAUUUACAACAUGCAAAUUGCUGAUUUGGGUGUUAAUAUACACAUGCUUGAGUACUCUGGUCUUGGAAGCCUCAAUGGGUACAAGAGAGGGUGACCAGAGGCAGGCUGGCCAAACAAACACACGUUGGUACAUAUAUGUUUAGACGUGUUCGGGCUAUAUAUUUAUGUGAGGUCUGAUGCUUGUUGCCCUUAAAAGCGAUCUAAACAUAAAAGCAAGCUGAGUAUGUCUGGUGGGUCUCGGGACUAAAAGCAGAAAAUAAAUAAUUCCUCUUUCCUUUUUUUUAUUUUAAGUAAUUGUAAAAGUAAAAAUAGUCUCCGUAUUUCCGGCCUGAGUCUGUCCACCUAGCAUAGUUGGGGCAGGGACACAGGGUUGCCCGGGAGCGGGAGGGUCUUUGUUGGUAUUAGGGGUCCUUGGUCUGUGCUACCAGGUCUCCGGUGUCCCGUCCGGCUGUGCCAGUCCUUGUGUGCCAGUCCUUGUUCGAGGCAAUUCAGCAGCUGUCAGUGGGUCGCAAGUUGUGCACUGUGUCCUUACCGAAGCCAGGCGGCGGAUCCAAGACUCUGACAGGUGAGUAUCUCUGUGCCUCUACGUCGUGAUUGCUGAAUAUGCGUCCGGCGUGGAGCUUUGGAGGAUGAAUGGGGUGAUCCGUUCAGGGUAUGGGUGCGGUUAGGGGAGCUGUUAUCCUUGGUGGCCAGUCUCGCCAGGUACAGCAAUUCUUGAGGUAAGUCCAGGAGCCGGAGGAAGGCCGGGGUGUCCUGAAUGUUAUGCAUGUUCGAUCCUCGCUGGACCGUCAAUGCCCUGGGGGACCGCCAGCGGUGAUCAAUCUUGCGGGCAUGAAGCAUUAAAGUAAGUGGCCGUAGCGACCUACGCCAGGCCAGGGUGCCGCUGGACAGGUCUGUGUAGAGUGAGAGGUCCAUGUUUUCGAAGCGGAAGGGGGUCCUGCCUCAGAGGGCAGACAGGAUCGCCACCUUAUGUCCGCUAUUGCAGAGGGUCAGAAUGACAUCUCUCGUGGCCGUGGUUUGUGCGUUUGUUGGUUUAGGGACUCUGAGCACCCUUUCUGGGGUGAUUGUUGAAUUCUGUCUUCGUUGCAGUAUUUCUAGUAACAUCUGAUGGAACCGAAUCAUUGACCCCUGCAGUCACUUAUGAGCCUGACCAGCCAAGAUUAUUUGCUCUGACCAUUCGUUUUCGUUAGCAUUGUUUUAUUUUCGUUUGUUCACAUGUUGCUGCUUUUACUGUUCUAGGAACGCAACCUAUUGUCUGGGAAGCUUUUGAUGAUGAACUAACUGUCUUGAUAAGCUUUUCUAGCUUGAUCUACCCUAUUACACUCUCAUGAAACAUACAUGUUCCUUCCUACUCUCCAAACUUACUUAGACUCCCUUAUCUGAAAUAAUUGCAUCCACUUUUACCCCAGAGAUGCCAAUCUCGUUGUUAUAGCUUGUCACAGUUUGCAUGCAAUAAGAUACUACCUAAAAGUAUACAAAUAAAAAACAAACUCAAGUAAAGAUGGUGCUGGAAACAGACCAAAGAAAUUAUAGUGAGAAGCUGCACCUUCCACAGUGUACAAGCUCAAUAACACUAACCGAAAUGUAAACCACAAACAAGGUGCACACCUUAUGUUGUUAACAAUACUAUACUUCCUACCUUGACACCUGACUGGUCCUGUAAGCCUAGUUUAUCUUCUCUUGUACAUGUCUACUUUAGAUCACUUAUACACAUUUGUAUACAAAAUGAAAAUGGUGCACACAAGCUCAGCAAGGUGAGAAACAGGCUCUAACACUUAAGUGAAGGAAUCCCUUAACCUCCACAACACAAAUCAUGCAGAUAAAACAAAAUAUAAGUGGAGCUCUGGAUUACCUGUAUGAACAGUAAUAUAAAGAUAUUGAAGACAAAUAUUGUCAAAAAAUCUGUAAAUAAAUAGUAACAGAUCUAAGUGUAGACAAUAAUUACAAAUGAAUAGGAUAAGAAAAAACUAUGAGAUGGGUAACUCACAAAGGUGGAGCCAAAAGAACACUUUGGCUCUAGUGGUAAGCGCCUUAGGAUCUUCUAGGGGAGAUCCACCACCCUCUUUAUAUUCCUCCUGAUGUCUUCCUCCUUACAUAUGAGUAGGAAUGGAAUUGCAGACUCCACAGGACGGUGUAAACAAAUAUUUAAUGAGUAAAAGCUUGAACUUUAAAAUGUAAUAUAAAAUAAAAUAAAAAUGAAUCAAAAUACUCAGAAUGAUUCCAAAGUACUCCCAAAACGCGUUUCGCCAGUUAAACUGGCUUCCUCAGUUGGUAUGAGGACUGAGGAAUGAGGACUGACGGCGGUAUGAGGACUGACGGCGGACUUGGUCACCUAUCGCCGUUACAUAGAUGACAUAUUUUUUAUUUGGAAGGGAGAUGAUCUGAAAUUGACCAAUUUUUUAAGUUUUUUAAAUUGCAACAAUUGGGGAAUUAAUCUCACCUCUACUCAAAGCAAGGUGGGGAUUAAUUUUUUAGAUCUUACUGUUUUUAUAGAAGGAGGAAAUAUUUGCUCAAAAAUUUUUUUUAAAGAAGUAGAUUGCAAUGGAUAUAUUAAUCUUACCAGUUGUCACCAUACCCCGUGGCUCACGAAUGCACCUAAGGGCCAGUUUAUGAGGCUAAAAAGAAAUUGUACAAAAGAGGAAGACUUCUCACAACAAACUCAAAUUAUUAAAAAUCAAUUCUUAGAAAAAGGAUAUGAAGAAGAAGACCUCCAAAAGAGUAUAGAAGAAAUAAAAAUAUUAGAACGGAAGGAAUUAUUAAUAUAUAAAAAGAAAAAAGCGAGAAUAGAGAAUAAUAAAGACUAUAUCCCCUUCAUUUGCAAUUUUUCAGCCAAUAAUAAGAAAGUAAGGCAUGCCAUCAAUAAAUACUGGCACUUAUUACAAGAUGACCCAAUUUUAAAAGAAAUAUUACCGGAGAGACCUAAAAUUGUCCAUAGAGGAUGUAAAAAUAUAAAAAAUUUCUUAGUAAACAGCAAUUUAAAGAAUCAUCAGGCUGAAAAUGAGAACUUCCUAACAAAGAAUAAAGGAUUUUAUGGGUGUGGAACAUGCUUAGCAUGCAGGGAGACCAUAAGCAAAAAAAGACACAUAAAGAAUAUAAUAGAAAUUACUAAUAAGGAAUUCACAAUAAGAGACCAAUUGACAUGUUUCUCGAAAAAUAUUAUUUAUCUAUUAAUUUGUCCGUGCAAUAAAAUGUAUAUAGGGAGGACUAUUAGAUGCCUCCAUGUUAGAAUUUCGGAGCAUGUGAGAAACAUCAAAAAAGGAGUCGAUACACAUAGUGUUUCCCAACAUUUUAAACAAUACCAUCAUCAAAAUCCACAAGGUCUUGUGUUUUGUGCACUUAAAUUGGUCAAGAAAAAUUGGAGGGGUGGAGAUUUUAUAAAGAAAAUUGGAAUGGAAGAAAUGUCCUUUAUCUUUAAUUUUAAUACCAUGGUUCCUCAUGGACUAAAUUUGGAUUUCGAAUUAUGUCAUUUUCUAUAGUAUAAAGAAAUAAUUUAAUGUUUUACAGUUAAUGACAUUUAAUACUGUUUCUUCUCACCCCUCCACCUUUUUUAUGCAUCCACCUUUUUUAUGCAAGCAUCUUUAAUUAAUAAUUUUGCAAAUGAUAGAGGUAAUAAUAUUAUAAAAGAUGUUGCCUCUUUAUGUUAUAUUAUUAUCUAUUAGCCUCUCUCUCCUAUUCCCUAUUGCUUUUUAUGGACUGGCGAUUUAAAGACUUUUUUUACAAUCUAUAAAGACUAUGAAACGCAUAUGGUGCGUUCCACGGCAGAAUGCGGAAGUAAAUUGACCUGAUCGCACUGAUUAAGACUGUGGAACGCAUGUGCGUUCCAAUGAAGAAAAAGGAAGUGGAACAGUAUAACUCUAUGACGGAGGCACGCGCGCACGCACGGAAUUGACGCACGCAUGUACGUACGUACGUACGUGCGUUCCAACUAGUGCGGCGUGCGUUCCACGGAACCAACUUCCGGUCCGACAGAUGCCGGCAAUUUCAUCAUUUGGACUUAUAUAAAAGAACAAGAGGAUAUACUACAGACAUACCAACUGAGGAAGCCAGUUUAACUGGCGAAACGCGUUUUGGGAGUACUUUGGAAUCAUUCUGAGUAUUUUGAUUCAUUUUUAUUUUAUUUUAUAUUACAUUUUAAAGUUCAAGCUUUUACUCAUUAAAUAUUUGUUUACACCGUCCUGUGGAGUCUGCAAUUCCAUUCCUACUCAUAUGUAAGGAGGAAGACAUCAGGAGGAAUAUAAAGAGGGUGGUGGAUCUCCCCUAGAAGAUCCUAAGGCGCUUACCACUAGAGCCAAAGUGUUCUUUUGGCUCCACCUUUGUGAGUUACCCAUCUCAUAGUUUUUUCUUAUCCUAUUCAUUUGUAAUUAUUGUCUACACUUAGAUCUGUUACUAUUUAUUUACAGAUUUUUUGACAAUAUUUGUCUUCAAUAUCUUUAUAUUACUGUUCAUACAGGUAAUCCAGAGCUCCACUUAUAUUUUGUUUUAUCUGCAUGAUUUGUGUUGUGGAGGUUAAGGGAUUCCUUCACUUAAGUGUUAGAGCCUGUUUCUCACCUUGCUGAGAUUGUGUGCACCAUUUUCAUUUUGUAUACAUUGUAUUUGUUUUUUCCCUUGGUACACAUAGUUCAGUGAAAUAUGUCUUUUUUAGACAAAAGAGACUACAUGAUAGAAAAUAUUGAUACAGUUUUUUCUGACAAUACAGAAAGUACAAUAGAAGACCCUUAUACUAAUAAGGAUGUAUAUAGAUAUAAACUUGAAAAAACACUCACUAGAGAAAUGAAAUCAAAGUGGGAAAUUGCUACUUUAAAAAAGUAUGUAAAGGAUAAAAUUACACCGAGGGGGCUAAGAUUUUCCAAGGAUCCCUCCUUUGAUCGUGAUGAUCAAUUUUUUAUGGAGGGAUGGAAUAAAUUAUUAGAUGGAUUUUCUUUUAGCCUUAUAGGGUAUAUAGUAGCAAGACGAGAAGAAAAUCUCAUAAAAUUAGAUGAGGAUAUAAAGAAAUUUAGAGAAGGUUUAAGUGAAACCACUAGUCCUGAAACAUUUAAUGAGAUAAUAUUAGAAAUGAAAAAGAGAAUUGACAAAACAGAAAGAGAAGUUAUAGAAACCAAGAAACAUAAAUACCUAAGGGACCUGGAGGAUUAUAAAACAGGGAAUGUAAGAAGUAACAAUCGAAAAUUGACCAAUUGGAAAAAACCUAACCAACAUAAUAGAGGGAGGACACUUAGUUAUCAAAGAAAACAGAGAAGAGGACGAUCUCCUAGUCAAUGGAGACAUCAUCAGACCAAUGCCUACAGAUAUAGAGGUGCAGAGGAUAGAGGUUCACAGAGGUACCAAUACCAAACAAACAAUAAUCAUAAAUAUUAUCAACAUAGGGAAAUCGGUGGAAGGAGAAACCAUAUAUCGAACAAAAGACCCUAUACAACUAAAGAAGAUCAAAAGCAAGAAAGUAGAGUUGAAAACUACCAUGUUGCGACUUCUACACAUAAGCCUAAUUUAAUCAGACAAGAAGGAAGAAAGGAGAACAACAUUAGAAGUUAUAGUAGAGUAGUUGCAAGUCCGUUGAGAAAUAUGCAGAAUAGGAAUCUCCCACAGAAUAAAAAUGGGUUCCGCAUGGAUAGACGUAAACCGUCUAUAGAUAGAGAUCACAGCACAUCAACUUAUAAUCGCUUUCAGAUAUUGGAACAUAGGAACACCUCUCCCAUUUCUUCUCCUUUUCACAAAAGUCCAACCAAAUCCAGAUGCAAACAACUUCAAGAGUCACGGAAAUGGGACUCUCCGGGCAAAAGGAGAAGAUCAUGGGAAGAAGGAGAGUUAGAAGACGAAAGAAACUACAACAGAGAGAAACGAGGACGGAUAUAGACAACAAGGGAAUAUUCAAUCUUUCGGAUAAAGAAUUGGAUCAGGAUGAAUUAAAGAUUUUGCAAAAAGGGUUAAAGUUUGCUCCAUCUGCAGACUUUAAACCGUUUGAAUUUUUCAUAGACCUUAAUCGCUUUACUCGACAAUUAUGUUUAAAAAAAAAUUUUUUUCAUAAUAGAGACCCAGUAGAAAUUAACACCACCUCCCCAUAUAUCCAUAGCAAUUUAAAAGAAAAAUCGAAAUUUUUCCCAAGAAACAUGAUCUCGAAUGAAAUCAAAACCUUUGAAACCAUGAUCAUGAAAGAGGUUAAAAAAAUUAAACAUACAAACAAAUAUCAAAAAAAUCUUACAUUAGCAGAGACAAAAACACUAAAGAGGUUACAAAAAGAUGACAAUUUAAUUAUAAAACCUGCUGAUAAGGGGGGAGGGGUAGUCAUUCUAUCCAAAGAAAAAUAUGUAGGGGAAGCGGAAAGAUUAUUGUCAGACACUAAAACAUAUAAAAAACUAAUAUCCAAUCCGAGUCAGGAAAUCGUCAUGAAGUUUAAAGAUUUUAUCGAUAAAGGAUUAGAAAAAGAUAUUCUAACAGAGGCAGAAGCCAAAUAUCUGAUUAUCUCCAGUCCCCAGAUUCCUGUGUUUUAUUGUUUGCCGAAGAUGCACAAACAUUUAACCAACCCACCAGGAAGACCUAUAAUCUCUGGGGUAGAAAGCAUCUCAUCAAGAAUCUCAGAAUAUAUAGAUGUUCUACUUCAACCGGUAGUAAUCAAAAAUCCGACGUACCUAAAAGACACAAUACACAUUUUACAGAUUCUAGGAGAGAUUAAAUGGGAAGAGAAUUACACAUUGGUCACGUGUGAUGUAAGCUCGCUCUAUAGCAUAAUCCCACAUACAAAAGGAAUAGAGGCUGUGCAAUACUUCUUAGAGAAAUCUAAUUUUAAACAAGAUCAAAUAGAUUUUAUUAAGGAAGGCAUAUCUCUAAUUUUGACCAAUAAUUUUUUUUGGUUCAAAGAGAGUUUUUAUCUUCAAGUUAAUGGAACGGCGAUGGGGACCAAGUUCGCACCCAGCUACGCAAACCUUUUUAUGGCGUAUUGGGAAGAGAUAUUUAUCUUACAUAGUGAAUUCUCUGCGGACUUGGUCACCUAUCGCCGUUACAUAGAUGACAUAUUUUUUAUUUGGAAGGGAGAUGAUCUGAAAUUGACCAAUUUUUUAAGUUUUUUAAAUUGCAACAAUUGGGGAAUUAAUCUCACCUCUACUCAAAGCAAGGUGGGGAUUAAUUUUUUAGAUCUUACUGUUUUUAUAGAAGGAGGAAAUAUUUGCACAAAAAUUUUUUUUAAAGAAGUAGAUUGCAAUGGAUAUAUUAAUCUUACCAGUUGUCACCAUACCCCGUGGCUCACGAAUGCACCUAAGGGCCAGUUUAUGAGGCUAAAAAGAAAUUGUACAAAAGAGGAAGACUUCUUACAACAAACUCAAAUUAUUAAAAAUCAAUUCUUAGAAAAAGGAUAUGAAGAAGAAGACCUCCAAAAGAGUAUAGAAGAAAUAAAAAUAUUAGAACGGAAGGAAUUAUUAAUAUAUAAAAAGAAAAAAGCGAGAAUAGAGAAUAAUAAAGACUAUAUCCCCUUCAUUUGCAAUUUUUCAGCCAAUAAUAAGAAAGUAAGGCAUGCCAUCAAUAAAUACUGGCACUUAUUACAAGAUGACCCAAUUUUAAAAGAAAUAUUACCGGAGAGACCUAAAAUUGUCCAUAGAGGAUGUAAAAAUAUAAAAAAUUUCUUAGUAAACAGCAAUUUAAAGAAUCAUCAGGCUGAAAAUGAGAACUUCCUAACAAAGAAUAAAGGAUUUUAUGGGUGUGGAACAUGCUUAGCAUGCAGGGAGACCAUAAGCAAAAAAAGACACAUAAAGAAUAUAAUAGAAAUUACUAAUAAGGAAUUCACAAUAAGAGACCAAUUGACAUGUUUCUCGAAAAAUAUUAUUUAUCUAUUAAUUUGUCCGUGCAAUAAAAUGUAUAUAGGGAGGACUAUUAGAUGCCUCCAUGUUAGAAUUUCGGAGCAUGUGAGAAACAUCAAAAAAGGAGUCGAUACACAUAGUGUUUCCCAACAUUUUAAACAAUACCAUCAUCAAAAUCCACAAGGUCUUGUGUUUUGUGCACUUAAAUUGGUCAAGAAAAAUUGGAGGGGUGGAGAUUUUAUAAAGAAAAUUGGAAUGGAAGAAAUGUCCUUUAUCUUUAAUUUUAAUACCAUGGUUCCUCAUGGACUAAAUUUGGAUUUCGAAUUAUGUCAUUUUCUAUAGUAUAAAGAAAUAAUUUAAUGUUUUACAGUUAAUGACAUUUAAUACUGUUUCUUCUCACCCCUCCACCUUUUUUAUGCAUCCACCUUUUUUAUGCAAGCAUCUUUAAUUAAUAAUUUUGCAAAUGAUAGAGGUAAUAAUAUUAUAAAAGAUGUUGCCUCUUUAUGUUAUAUUAUUAUCUAUUAGCCUCUCUCUCCUAUUCCCUAUUGCUUUUUAUGGACUGGCGAUUUAAAGACUUUUUUUACAAUCUAUAAAGACUAUGAAACGCAUAUGGUGCGUUCCACGGCAGAAUGCGGAAGUAAAUUGACCUGAUCGCACUGAUUAAGACUGUGGAACGCAUGUGCGUUCCAAUGAAGAAAAAGGAAGUGGAACAGUAUAACUCUAUGACGGAGGCACGCGCGCACGCACGGAAUUGACGCACGCAUGUACGUACGUACGUACGUGCGUUCCAACUAGUGCGGCGUGCGUUCCACGGAACCAACUUCCGGUCCGACAGAUGCCGGCAAUUUCAUCAUUUGGACUUAUAUAAAAGAACAAGAGGAUAUACUACAGACAUACCAACUGAGGAAGCCAGUUUAACUGGCGAAACGCGUUUUGGGAGUACUUUGGAAUACUUUGGAAUCAUUCUGAGUAUUUUGAUUCAUUUUUAUUUUAUUUUAUAUUACAUUUUAAAGUUCAAGCUUUUACUCAUUAAAUAUUUGUUUACACCGUCCUGCGGAGUCUGCAAUUCCAUUCCUACUCAUAUGUAAGGAGGAAGACAUCAGGAGGAAUAUAAAGAGGGUGGUGGAUCUCCCCUAGAAGAUCCUAAGGCGCUUACCACUAGAGCCAAAGUGUUCUUUUGGCUCCACCUUUGUGAGUUACCCAUCUCAUAGUUUUUUCUUAUCCUAUUCAUUUGUAAUUAUUGUCUACACUUAGAUCUGUUACUAUUUAUUUACAGAUUUUUUGACAAUAUUUGUCUUCAAUAUCUUUAUAUUACUGUUCAUACAGGUAAUCCAGAGCUCCACUUAUAUUUUGUUUUAUCUGCACUUAUACACAUUUGCCUAGCCUGAUUUAUCUACAAAAAAUGUGCCUUUAUUCUGAAUUCCAUGCCACUGUUCUGUUAUGUCUGUGAUUAAAUAGCUUGUAAUCGCUGUCAGGCAUCACAAGCGUGUUGUGCACCUUUGCACAUCAAAAAUAAAGUUUGACAAAAGAAUUAGGGAGGCCAACGUUCUCUUGGGUACUUUCUAUGCAGACAAACUUUUUUUUUUUUGGGUAGCCUUUUUAGAUCUGUGCUGUUAUCUGUCUAUUCUUUGUCCUCAUGACUUGAUUUACAUAUUCUGAUAAGCAUUUUCAUGUGUUUGUCUUUCUUUGUCUUUCCGAAUCAUAUCCAAUCAGUUGAAUUUUUCACUUGUAGAUUUCAAUCGAGAUUUAGAAAAAUCUCGAAGAUGUUCCACAGAAAUGGAAUGCAUUAGAGCUAAAUUUCAUAUGUCAAAGAAAAGGGUCUGAAUACUUAUGCCAAUUUUAUAUUUCAGUUUUUUUUUUUAAAUAAAUUUACAAAGGUUUUCAAGAAUCUGUUUUUUGCAUUGCUAUUAUGGUGUAUUGAGCAUAUAUUAAUGUGAACAAAAACGAUCAAUUUAAGCUGCGACAUACACAAUGUGAAAUGAAUAGUUUCCCAAUGAUUGGACUCUCCCUGCAGCACAAAUACUCUCCCUUCUCUCUCAGAUUUGGUAUUAAUGUAUGUACACAUUAAUUUGAAAAUACAAUUAAAAUUUAAAUAUUUAUAUAAAUACAUGUAAUUCCCUGUGCAUAUUCUUGUAUUUCAUUUACUUAUGUGAUUGUAUUGAUUAUAUAUUGGGGGACCUGCCUGAGUACCGAGUUCAGAGAUUUUAAUUUGCAAGCCCUAUCUUUGACCUUGUAACUUCCCAAAACCCCAGAAAAUGCAAAUGAGACCUUGGGAAAUAACUCAUUUCUUAAAUUCUCACUUUUUUCCCCCUUAGACUUUAUUAAUUUUAAAAAAUAAAAACACUAUAGGCACUAAAAUAACUUUAUCUUAAUGACACACUUUUGGUGUACAGAUCCUGCCAGUCUCAUUUUCAUUAUCUGCCAUUCAGAAGUUAAAUCAUUUUGUUUAUUCAGUCCUAGGCUGCACACAACCUUCUUAAACACUUCCUGUAAAGAGACAUCAUGUAAUGUUUAAACUUUUACUGCACAUUAUGUUUAAUUCAGAAUUUCUUCUCUCCAGCUCUGUUAAUAAACUGCUACAGCCUGCAGAUCUCUAGAGCAAGUUAACAUCUGAUUAAAAAUGAAAAAAAUGUUUUUUCAUGUAGGCUGUGUGCCACUGCCAUGGAAGGUGUGGCUAGGGCUGCAUGGACAGAAGUAAAAGUGAUUUAACAUUUAUAUGGCAGAGAAUUGAGCACAGCAGGGGCAUGAUCUAGACCCCAAAACGGCUUAAUUUAGCGAAAGUUGUUUUGAGAGCGAGAGAGAGAGAGAGAGAGUGUGUGUGUGUGUGUGUAUUGAUGUGAAAUGAAAGCCCUAUUUCUCCUGAACAAAAUAUCUAAUUAGUGUAAUGGUGCACUUAAUUAUGGUUAAACAGACCUAUGUUGCUCAAAUCCAGAUUUUGUUUUGGUUCAGAACUUGUACAAUUGCCUUCGUCUUUAAAUGGUUAACAAGUCUAAUCUAAUCUCUUUAGGUCUUACUAUAUCUUUCCACACUGAAACAUGCGUAAUUGAGACUUUUUGUUCUAAAAUCAGCAAUUAAAUUACGACCUUUUCAGUGGAUGCUGGUAUAUUGCCAUCUUCUGGAUUUCUUGGUCAGUUCUGCUGUUUUCCCAUUCUUUUACCUAUGCUGUGCCGUUUGACUGUCCUCAAGUAGUUUUCUCUUGCUCUCAGAGUAUGUUUGUUUAGGUUGUACAUUUCAAUGUUUGGUUCUAGAUAAAUAUCAAGGCAUGCAAUUAAUUCUUUUCGUGACUCUUCUAAAUAAGAUAUGGUCCAUUAAUUUGUAAAAGUCAACAGAGCAGUUAAAUGAUAAUGCAUUUUUUUCAGUGACCCGUUUAAUCACUUUAAGGCUACUUAUAGGCACAGUUAUGGUCCUUGUACAUAAUAACAACUGCAUUCUGUUAAUUACAUAAUGAAUUGUCGGCCUAGGUGAUUUCCUUCACCUUUACAUUGUAUGGUAAUCCCUACAUAUAAUUUUCUAUAGUGUAUUUAAUUGGACCAAAUGGGCCUAUCCCGUUUCAGCCGAAAACUGGUCAAAUUUCCGCAAGUUUAAAAACACACAAACAAAUUUUUUGUAGUGCAUGGUUUAACAGACAUGCUUGCAUUAACAAUUCAGAUGGUUUAUAUAUCACAAUGAAAGAUAGUAAUGAUAAUAUGGGGAGAACAUUGGGGGACGGGGAGAGAGAGAGAGCACACACAGGGGGACGGGGAGAGAGAGAGAGAGAGAGCACACACUGGGGGACGGGAGAGAGAGAGAACACACACUGGGGACGGGAGAGAGAGUGAGAACACACACUGGGGACGGGAGAGAGAGUGAGAACACACACUGGGGAGCACACACUGGGGAGAGAGAGAGAGAGAACACACACUGGGGACGGGAGAGAGAGUGAGAACACACACUGGGACGGGAGAGAGAGAGAGAGAACACACACUGGGGACGGGGAGAGAGAGAGAGAACACACACUGGGGACGGGGAGAGAGAGCAGCACACUGGGGAGGGAGAGAGAGAGAGAGAACACACACUGGGGAGGGAGAGAGAGAGAGAGAGAGAGAGAGAACACACUGGGGACGGGAGAGAGAGUGAGAACACACACUGGGGACGGGAGAGAGAGAGAGAGAACACACACUGGGGACGGGGGAGAGAGAGUGAGAACACACACUGGGGACGGGAGAGAGAGUGAGAACACACACUGGGGACGGGAGAGAGAGAGAGAACACACACUGGGGGACGGGGAGAGAGAGAGAGAGAACACACACUGGGACGGGGGAGAGAGAGAGAGAGAACACACACUGGGGACGGGAGAGAGAGAGAGAGAGAGAAACACACUGGGGACGGGAGAGAGAGAGAGAGAGAGAACACACUGGGGGACGGGGAGAGAGAGAGAGAGAGAACACACUGGGGGACGGCGAGAGAGAGAGAGAGAGAGAGAACACACUGGGGGACGGCGAGAGAGAGAGAACACACUGGGGGACGGGGGGGAGAGAGAGAGACUGGGAGAGAAGAUUUAGGGGGGGGCCCUAAAAGAGAAGGGAGAAGGGAAUUUUUUUCAUAGUAGAUUAAUUAGAUUAAUUAAAGUAUAAUAAAUGUAUAGGAAAAAAACUUUUUUUUUUUUUUUUAAAAAUUAAUUUGGGGAAAGUCAUUUUCUGCCAAGGGCAUCCUGAAUUUUCGAUUUCGGCCCAGAAUUUUCAUUUCGCUGCAUCCCUUCUUGAAAGGUGCCAUUGUGACUAUAUAAACAAUGUUAUUCGGUUCACCUGGUUUUAAUGUUCAUCAGUGUAUAAUUGUUGCAAGAAAUAGAGUACUUGUGGUAUUUAGAAAUUAUUUCAAAUGUUACUUUAAUCAAAUAAGUAAGGCAACAAAAAAAGUGUAUCUGUCACCAAGUCAGACUUACUUGUUUGUUGCCAUGUGCUUUAUGUGAUUAAAGCAACAUUUUAAAUAAUUUUGAAGUUCCAUGAGUGCUUUCUUGUAUGUAUGUAUGUAUGUAUGUAUGUGUACAUUGACAAUCAAAGGCUUUCUAAAUAUUAGACAUGCAUUUUGACACAACUAGAAAUAUGGCAACCACUGUUUCUGACUUCCACAGAGAGAUUAAAUUGGCUUUUUGAUGUUGUUUUCCUAGAACAUCUGAUAAUGGAUACUAGCAUUUUAAAGGGACACUAGAUGCACCAGAACCACUACAUCAUAAAGGAACACAGCUCACUUUGAGACAGUUGGCUCAUUCAAAAGCUUUACCUUUGAAUUAAACCAUUGCUUCCCCUUCUCUCUACUUCUGUUGCACAGUGAUGCAUUGUUUGUCAUUAGUGGACUUGUCUGUAACUGAGAAGGCUCGGAGAGGGAGGAGGAGGUUGAAGAAAGUCUCCUAGCUGAGAGGCGAGACAAGUAUUGCAAUCUGAUCAAGUUCAUAGUGCGUUUUAUAAACGUUUAUUAGAUAGUUUUCAAAAAUGUUUUUGUUUAACGUAUUUGCUUGGUCUUUUAAAAAAUAAUUGUCAAGUAAUGCAUAUCCAUUUAAUGUAGUGGUUCUGGGGCAAAGAGACUAUGCUAUGAGGACUGUCUGGGCAUUGCAUCCGAUAAACACCUCAAGUGGCUGUCCCUCUCACAGCUAUUAGUGGUGUGGUUUUUUUUUUUUUGUCGCUUUGCAGGACUGAUUUAUAGCGUCUCCACACUCCGCUAGGAGAUGCCGGACGUUCCUCAAUAGAAAAUCUGGAUCUGCCAAAGAAUAUUGGCCUUUUCUGUGUAAUCCCUCUUUACUUCUUUUAGUGUAAAUGCACUUCACCCAGAACAAUUUGUAAAGUCACUAAAGCAGAUCCUGAGCAAACUUGGGAAAUUGAACGUUUAAAAUAUCCAGCCAAGCCUUGACAUUGUCAGUCUUUGAUCAGUUUGUUUUGUAAAUAGGUUAACGUGAACUAUAGAUGGUUACUGUUCAAAUUUUUUUUUUUUUUGAUGUGCUCUUUCUUGACUCAUCUCUUCUCUGUGCUCUCACCUCCUGCAUAUACUUUCAUCAUGUUUAUCGUUUCUGUGCUGUUUGCGCUACUUUUCUCCUAUAAUCUUUUUCUCCCUCUGUUGUUUUUCCUCAUUCUCUGUGCGUCAUCUCUUUUUCUGUAUCUUCUCACCUCUGGGCUUAUUUUCUUAGUGUGUACUUUAAUGAUUUAAUCUCUGUCUAAAGGACAGAUUGAAAUUGCCCCUCCAGCUUAAAGAACAUCCUUCUGAUAUAUUUCUGGCCAAUUCCAAUGACGAUGUACAUCUGUACAAAUUCACCAUUCCUUCAUAAACGCACGGUUGAUGCUACAAAUACCUCAUUCUGUUGUGACACCCUUUCAUCCUCAACCCAAAAGACUAAUAAUAUGUAUUCUAUAGCCAUUAUAGUGGCACAGAACUGCCACCAAGCAAAACAGAAUGUUGCAUAAAAGUGUUUUGAAGGGGGGGAGGAAAAGUGAAACAGUCCAUCUAUUUUGAGUUGGGUUUCUUCUUGUGCUCCUGGUAUUGUCGGAUAGGGUAAGUGUUUCUGAACACAGUAUGUAAGACCUAAGUUUGCUGUUCUCUUUAUUGGAGAGUUUACCUUUUAAAUGGUUAAAAACAAACAAAAAAAAACACUUUAAGGUUAUAUUCCAGGAAACAUUGCUAAUAAUUUGUUUUCUGGGGUAUUAAAUUUCAGUAUUGUGAUGAGAGAUAGAUUUGAUGGAAAAACGAACAUAUUCUUUAUGGUGUAUUUUAAUUUAAUUUUAUUGUUUUGUAGAUUUGAAGUUGCACCUCCAGAGUACAGACUACGGGACCUUUUUGGCCAAUGAAGCCUCGCCCCUGGCAGUUUCUGUUAUUGAUGACAAGCUGAAGGAGAAAAUGGUGGUGGAGUUCAUGCACAUGAGGAACCAGUCGUAUGAACCACUUGCAAGCUUUUUGGACUUUAUCACGUACGUUAAAACCGUAACAGAUUUCCUUUAUCAGACACAUUAGCAGCACAUGUUAUGUUAAAAAGAGCCUUGGUGUUUGGCUUUUCUCUGCACCAUUUGAAGUUUGAGAAGUUCUUUUGAAAAGUUUGAGUUUGCUGUACUUUGUUUUUAGUAUUUACCAUGCUAAUUUAUUGUAGUCCGUUUGGUUUGCAGAAAUGCAUGUCUUUAUUGUCCACUUGUGAAUGUAUACGUUUUACUGUUUGCAUUAUCAGCACUUUUGUUUUAUGUAUGUUUUAGGUGACUGCGGAAUAAAUGUGCAGUCUAUUAGGGAGGCACUCUGGUUCUGUUUGUUGUUAAGAGUCACAAACGUUACAAUAUAGGCAAGAAUAUCUUGUCAAUGAGACAGCCACUAGAGGCUGGAUUAACCCAUAGGUAAGCAUAGAAGUUUCUAUGAAACUGCUAUGUUUACAGCAGAAAGGGUUAAUCCUAGAUGGACCUGGCACCCAGACCACUUCAUUAAACUGAAGUGGUCUGGGUGCCUAUAAUGGUCCUUUAAGCAUACUUAUCCAUAAUCACAUGAAUUCUCCCAUAUGACUUCUCCAUUAAAUGUUGACCAUUUACUCUGCCAUGUUAGUCGUCUUGUGUGCACACUGCUUGUGGUCUAAUUCCCUGAACUUGCAAUUAUGCAAUCCAGUGGGUAAAGGCAUUUCUUCUGAGCAAGUAUUCUAGGUCUUUAAAGAACUGAGCUGAGAGAUUAUCCAGCUCCAAAUGAGCGAAGAGUAAAGAAAGCUCUUCAUAUGAACAGAUUCACACAUGGAAUAUAUUAGUGAUCUUUACCUGUAUGAAGAAAGUAAUUUAUUUUUGAAGGGAUCUUUAAAUAUUUUUAGUCCUCCAUAUAUUAUGUUCAUGUAAACAUAAUUACUUAACUUGCCACACAACUGGUUGACCGUAAGGGUUUAUGUGAUCUUUUUAUAUUGACCGGUACAAGUGCACAUAGACAGGCUCUACCAGUAGUAUUGUCAUGUUGGCAUUUAUAGUCCUUUUUCUAAAUCCUUUCUUCAUGAAAGGAACACUGCAAGCUCCAUAACCAGGGGUUAGUGUCAGGUGUGCCCGUGCUCGCACCUCCCAUUUGUAAAUAGUAAAACUGGUUUAGAACGUGGUGUACACUGGGCUCUGCUCCAUGCAUGCACUACCUCUGACCGAGCAUGAAGCUCUCUGUCUGAGGUAACCCAUCUCAAGCAGUGCUUGGCUCCUGCGAGUUCAAUGAAGUGCCAUUGUUGGUAGUGGAGAUGGGGACCAGUGCCCAGUGGAUCCUAGGUAAAAAGCCUACAUCACUCUAAAAUUGUUUGACUAUUUGACUGGUUGAGGGCAGGGUAGUGACCUGUAAUAGCUAUAGUACUUAGAAAGUUCCUUUAAAAAAAUCUGUGGGUAUAUCAACAUAGGUUUUCUAUUUCGGGGAUGUGCUACGUUUUCUUGGUUUAAAUUUGUCCAAAGCCUCUGCUAUUAUGUAAGUGCAGAUGUAAGUUGGAUGCCUUCACUCAUGAAAGCAGCCAGAGCCAACAGCUCCAGUUGAGCAUCUAGUAAGUAAAUUGAGUUUCCCACAGCUUGGCAAGCGCAGUCCAGCUGGCAGAACUACAAGUUAUUCACUGACAAAAGUUUAUAGCUGUGGUUCAUAAUUAGCCACAGUUACACAGCCCCUCACCCCGCCGCCUGGCUGAGGAAUAGUUUCUGGGAAGUGUACAAAAUGCCAAAUGUGUGUGUAGUGUUGUUUUGUUUUGUGUUUUUUUUACAUUUAUUUUUUAUACAUAUUUAUUUUUUUGGCACGUAUUUAUAGCGUCGGCAAACCUUAUUAUAUAAGUUUGCAGGGAGCAAAGUUACAUGUGCGGACAAUGACACUUGGUAACUGUAGCCGUGCUUUCAGGAACACUCUGUCCAGGCAAGAGAAGGACUUCUGGAAUGUGUCUGAGUACAGAUGAGGUCAAAGUGGGCCAUAUUACCAUGUUUAGAACAUUACAGUAACUUUUCGUUCUAAACAGGUAUUUUAAUAGUCUAUAGCACAUUUCUCCCACAGCCAUUUGAGCUUCUAAAAUCUAACAAGUCGUAUGAAAAAAACAAAAUGUUAAUGGGUUUUGCUUCUCAUUUCUAGUGGCACUUCACCGCCAAUGUGCUUGGCACAGGCUACAUACAUCUUAACACUACAAAUCAGUGAGGGUAUUGUGUGAGCGGUGUGACAAAUGUGAGAUGCGCAUAAAAAAAAAAGGAACCACUGCUAUGACAGCUGGUCCAACAUAAAAUAGUACUCUGAAGAGGCAAUGUCAGUUAUUGAAACAUUUUGUUACACAUGAAUUGUGAAUUGCAUGAAUUUUAUUAUACCAACUCUGUGUGCAAGCCAAAGAAAAAAUUAGAAAUUGAGUCACCUCAGAAAAUAUAAUAAAUUGAGUGAUCCUAAAAGGAAAAAUAAUUUGCCCCGAGAAGUAAAAUAUCAUCUUACCAAAAACAAACUGGCAAAGAGUAUAAUAAAUUAAAGAAUCCCUCCCGAUCAGCUGAAUGAGAUCUUCAUUUGAAUUAAAUACGUUGACUGCAGAAGGAGAAGGUUUAGAGCAGGGGUAGUCCACCUUUUAAUACCUACCGCCCACUUUUGUAUCAUUGAUGGUAAAAUUUCCUUACUGCCCACCAGUGCCACAGUAACUAAUUUUAUAGCGCAAGUGCAAUUACUUUUUAUUCUUUUAUUGUUUCAUUUUUUUUUCUAUUCUACUUUUUUUGUGUGUGUGUAGUUGGGAUGUGUAAAUCUAUCUUAAAGUCUCCCCCUCCCUACAUUUUACCUUUUACCUGGGAGGGGCAUAAUGCUGCAAGCCCUGGUGGUCCAGUGGUGGCAUGUUUACUUUAGCCUACAGCUCCUCCAGCUGCAGGCUUACUCUCCUGUCCUUCUUGCUCCGACCAGCCUGCUCCCGGGAGGAAAACAGAGCCUCCCAGGCCCUUUCCUCCCUCUGCUGGAACGAAGUGUCAGCGGGUCGGUAAGGCAGAUCUCCUCACCAGCCUGAGAGGGCUUACAGCAAGGCUGGCUAUGCAUGGGUUGGCAGGUUUGAUGAAGGGAACUCCCCUGCCAGCCUUGGUCCACGGCCAUCGAGGCCCACUGGGCAUAUUCUGCAGAACCCACCACCGCCCACCUGAAAUAGUGGGCGAUAGGGACCAGUUUGAUUACCCUUAGUUUAGAGGAAGCUAUUGGUUUCCUUGUUCCUGGCUUAGGAUAUACUGCCCAGGGUGCAUAGGUAUAGUGGCAGGAUAAUAAGCAGGUGUGUUUGUUUUCCUGCCCAUCUGUUUUUGACCUUUUAAAUCCUAAGUGGGCUGACUCACUCUGGCCAGUUUGAUUUCUCUUUGUGUGGCAAAUGUGAAGGACCAUUUCACUCUCUUGAAGCUGCCUCCAUUAUUUUGUAAACUCCCUUGUGGUAGUUAUUAAUUGUUGUUUUCUGCAUUCACAUUGUGUGCUUUAGUGACCUCCUUCUGCAAAUCCAAAAAACAAAUACACUUUUAAUUUUUCUUUUCAGUUUUCAACUUUCACGUUUAACUUACCAUUGCCACAAAACAACCUUAAGAAAUUGCCAACAUUCAUGAAGUUACUUGUUAAACAAAUCACUUCCUCCAGAUGUUGCACUUAACCAACUGUGCAAGCCUGGGGUUAAAUCACUUUUUCUUAAAAAUCUUUGUACAACCUAUUAACUCAUCCUUGAAUCCCAUUACAUUAAUUAUACACUCCAUUUAAAAUCAAGUUGAUUGUUUUUUUCAAAAUUCAUCAGGUUAUUUUUUUAUUUAAUUUUUUUUGUAGAACAUCGGGAAAUGGUCUGCAAGAUAGAUCCACAGAUUGUAUAGAAGUAAAAGUCCCAUGUUGCUUAGCCAGCUUUCAGCAUGGCGAAGCUCUGUGGACAUUGUAGUUUUAGAACAUCUGUGGGAUCUUUUGAACACCCAUGGUCUUUAAGAAAAUCUUAAAACUUGAUGAAAUCCAUUGAAAAAUCUUUUGUGGUGACCAUUGUCCAUAGCACAAAUUGAAUUCCCACUAGUUACAUUUAUCAAAGCACUAGUUAUUGUUUAGAUCUUGAUAAAUUGACGAUAUUGUUUGACAGAUCAUUAUUGUAUCCGAUGUUGAUAUGAAGGUUGUGAGCGUAGUGACUGCAGUAAUCUGGUCAUCAUGAUCGGAGUCUGUAAAAACGAACAUUUUAAUGUCAAGUACUGAAAUCUGGAUGAAAUAAAAUUUGUUACCAAGAAAAAAGUAUUCCCAAGUUUCUUUUGUGUAAGCAGUUGCUAUAUUUUCUCAAUCUCCCUUUCUCUCUCCCUCCUCCUCUUCCCCUGAAUUUACCACAAAUCUGAGACCCCAUUUAAGAUGGAGUCUCUGCUCUGCAGGAAAAGCCUGCAGCUGGACAUGAGUUGCCUCGAGUUUAGCUGUUUAACUUGCUAAAGAAUUACAAUGUGGUUUAUUAACAGACUGUUUUAUUUUAAUCUUAGAUUUCAAGCCAGUCUAUGGGAACAUUUAUAUUUUUGAAGUUGAGUAAUGAGGCUAUCUAGUAAAGUCUAAAUACCUGCAGAAAUUGCAAAAUUUAGGAAGAUCAGGCUGAUUUUCACAAGUUAAUACAAACGAAUCCACUGCCGUAUUAAUUUAGAGGCAGUUUCAUUUGGUAUGAAUGAUAGUAAGUCUAGUAAACAGCCCCCAUAAUUUAUCUUCUGAAUUACCACAAUAUUUACAUAAUACCUAUAAAACAAAUUUUAUAUAUAUAUAUAAAAGCCACAGCCAAAAUAUACAAAAAUAUUGAGAUAUAGGCUAGCACUCACGGUCUUGUAGUAAAAAAUCAUCUUUAUUCAGUUAUUCCAUAAAAACUUGAUGUUUCAGCCCACGUCCUGGGCUUUCUUCAGGAGCAACAAACAAUAAUAACAUGUCAGCCUAAAAUGCUGCAAUAUAUACUUACUUAUGGGUAUAUAUUGCAGCAUUUUAGGCUGACAUGUUAUUGUUGUUUGUUGCUCCUGAAGAAAGCCCAGAAUGUGGGCUGAAACGUCGAAAAUAUUAAAAAAAAUAAAUAAAUAAAUAAAUAUAUAUAUAUAAUGUGAGCUUGGCAAGUAAACCCUAGAGUGCUUUAGGUUACUUUAUAGACAUCUAUAUAAAUGAUAAAACUAUUCCUACUAUCCAAAUGGUCUGUUCGAUUACUGUUGAAUGAAAUGUUUUAUUGCCAUCAGUAUAUUUGUCAUGGUAUGAAAUAAAUGAAAAAUUUCAGUUUCGUAUACACUCCCUUGUAUUUACUAUCGUAUUUGAGAGAAUGUGUCCUUUUAUUGCCACUUCAAGUAUGACUGAUUUAUUUAUUUAUUUUUACGCAUAGUUACAGCUAUAUGAUUGACAAUGUGAUACUGCUGAUAACUGGCACACUUCAUCAGCGAUCUAUUUCUGAGCUCGUACCCAAGUGCCAUCCGUUGGGAAGCUUUGAACAGAUGGAAGCGGUCAACAUUGCCCAGACACCCGCAGAACUCUAUAAUGCUAUUCUUGUUGACACUCCAUUAGGUAAUAAUACUUUGCAGUCUUCUGUUUCAUUUCUUUUUGGGGGAAGACGGGGCUUGACUUUUGUUUUUCUCAUGUUAAAAAAAUAAAUAAAAAAUAAAUUAUAUAGUGCAUCACUCUACUGUUGUGUAUAGUUAUUACAUAGCUGCACAGUGGCUGCAUAGAUUUUUUUCUUUUAAAUGAGCGAUUGUGAACAGCUCCUGAGUUCAUAUCUGGCUUUGUGCAUUGAACACCUUGUAUGGCGGCUUCAUUAAAUACUUUACCAUGCUCCGAUAGCUGCAUGGUUCAUGAAUGAAGCCAAUUGUGACUGAUCUGCGGUGCCACACUAGACAUGUUAACAGAACUGGCAUUUGCAGGUUGUCUUUUCAUAUGGGAUGUCUGUGUUGCUCGGAUUUGCAACAAAAUUUGCACAAAUUAAUUGUAAGCAGAGCAAUCCUGUAAUUCGGUGUUAAUGUAAUGCCUAAAAUAGACAACAAUCUGCAGGAUUUAGAUAGUGUUCUGUCAAAUUUGACCGAUAUGCUUUAAAAUACAAAAAAAGGCUUUGGCCAAGACCUUACAUCAUGUGGACCUUUGCUUGUAAUCUUGUGCACAUCUCCUUUGAUUUAUUUUAUUUCUCUUCAGCUGCAUUUUUCCAGGACUGCAUAUCGGAGCAGGACCUUGAUGAAAUGAACAUUGAAAUAAUUAGGAACACUCUUUACAAGGUAAAUAUAGAUGGCCUUCUCUUUUAUUUAUAUCAUCUUUCUUCCUAUAAAUAGGCCUGUAAUCUAAAUUGAUUGUUGAUAAAAAUGCAAUUGAGUUUUUCUUCUUUUGAUUGUUCUUAUUGCUGAGAUUUGUAGCUCUAUGUGUGACGACCCAUAAUUUGCACAUCAUCUUCUAUUAUUAGAAUUAUCAGUAAUAUGUAAUUGCAUAUGUGUGUAGCAGAGUGAUUUAUCAAGGCAAAACCAAUGCAAUUCUGGGUGCAACAUGCUUAGUUUUGAGAUAUUCUUUUGGUCUUCAUGGCGAUUGCUCCUUGUUUUGCACUUGAUACCUAAAAAUCACUUUGUUUUGCCUUGCUAAAUCGCUUGAUAUGUGAUACCUCUUGAAGUGUGUGUGUGUGUGUGUUUCCUUAUGCUAACAUAUGACUUCUGAUCUGUACUUUUCAGGCUUAUUUGGAAUCAUUUUAUAAAUUCUGCAAAGCAUUAGGAGGAACGACCGCAAACGCUAUGUGUCCAAUCCUGGAGGUAUAGUAUAUGUUGGAAUUGCUUGAUUCCUUUACUUGGCUUAACAUGCCCAGUAAGAAGAAGAAUAACAAAUUCUUAUUAUACAUUGUUGAGGAAUAAUCGUAAUUCAAUGGUGGGGCAGUGAGGUAACUCAGUUGGUCACAUUUUCAAACGUCACGGUUUGUUAUGAACACACAAAAUGCACUUCAUGCACAGAAUAAUACUCUUUACAAGCAUUUUUCUUUUUAAUAAUUUACUGAGAUAUUGUCCAUAAGUCCAUGUGAUGUGUGUCAAAAGACUUUUUAAAAAUUUACUGCGCAUAAUUUUUAGAGCUAUUGCAGAUGGUUUAUUGCGAGCACCUUCGUUGCCAGCUGUGUUAUAUCUGGAAAGGCUACAUGGCUGUUGCAGAGUAUGGUUUGCUGAAUGAUUGCUGGUGCAUUGUUCUGUUAGAAAUAACCCUUAGUUCUUUGUGUUCUGUCCACAGUUUGAAGCUGACCGAAGGGCAUUUAUAAUCACAAUUAAUUCAUUUGGCACUGAACUUUCUAAAGAAGAUCGUGCCAAGUUGUUUCCCCACUGCGGGAAAUUGUAUCCUGAAGGACUAGCUCAGCUGGCACGAGCUGAUGACUACGAGCAGGUCAAAACAGUAGCUGACUAUUACCCAGUAAGUAAAUUGCACAAACCACUGAUUGGUACAUUGGUCUUGUCACUAAAGUCUAUUGCCACCUAACUAAAAAGUAUGUAUACUUUUUAGUCAGGUGGAAAUAGACUUUAGCCAGCAGGUAAUAUUUGAAGAGGCACUGUUACUUUUGUUAUUGGUAACUGUCCAUGGUGUAUGUUUGCCGGCGGUGUGACUUAGUCAUGGUAUUUUUUAUUUUUUUUUCUCUUCCAGCUGAAGUGGUAGAGGUUAACACAGUGAGAGAGUUUAAGCAUGUGUUGGAGUCUAGGCUAUCCUAGACUUAAAAUAAAGACAGGGGCUGAUGACAGUAUUUAGCAAAUUGUGCAGACUAGAGGGGCCAAACGGUUCUUAUCUGCCGUCGCAUUCCAUGUUUCUAUAGUUACCCAGACCACUUCAUCUGGUUGAAGUGUUCUGGGUACACUGUCCCUGUACCCUAUAGUCAUGCAAUGUAAAAUAUUGCAGUUUUAGAGAAACUGCAAUAAUAACUUUGCAGGACUAAGACUAUCUCCAGUGGCUGUCUAUCAGCCCCACGCAUAUAGGACAACCUUCUGAAAGCCAUUGUGUUUUCCGAAAAGGUAUACACUUUAUUGUUUCUCUAACCAAAGAGGCUCUGUCACUUUUUUUUAACUGUCCCAAAAAAUUCUUUCUUAAAAAACACUCUUACUGUGUUGGAAUUUCUUUGCAGUUCCACUGCAUUUAAAAGAUGUAUGACACAUGUAAGUGCCAAUAAUGAUAAAUAGCAUUUCCAUCUCUUUUUCCCAUCCGCCAUCAGUCUUGGCAGCUGCUGGGAACAGGCAUCAUCUUACACAAUGUGCAAUAAGGUACCAUAUUAUUUAUUCCAUAUGUGAGGCUGUUUACGGCAGCUUUCCAAUGGAAAAAAAGUCAUUUUGCUAUACAGUGGGUAUCACAAUCAUUUCAUUGUGUACUUUGUGUAAUAAAUAUAAAAGAGAUUGAUGCCACCCUCUGCAAAACUUUAGCAAGAUACUUUAAAAAUACCACUAGAACUUAAUUUUGUUAGAAGAGAUGAAAAUAUCUCUGGAAAUUGAACAGAAUUUUCUCAUAGAUGCCGGAGUUAAAAUGACACCCACAGCACCAUUGCCACUACAGCACUCUGUCUGAACUAGGCCAUACACUGAGGGUUUAGCUCUGGAUACCUAGAGAAAGCUCCUAAACAGGACUGUCUCUUUAGAUCUUCCAUAGACCGUCUUGUGUACUGUAUUGAAAACUGCUCCUCGCAAAUGGAGUCCCCAGGAGCCGGAUCAGUAUGACUGCAUUAAUAUUGUAAUACUGAGGAGGAACAUCUUUAAUUAAACACAGUUUUUGGUCAUAUUAACCUUCUAUUUUCAUGUUAUAUCCCCCACUCCAAAAACAAACCCACAAAAAAAGAUUAAAGCAAAAUCUUACUUGUAAUCCAAAUCCACCUCUGAUAACGACCUGAGUGGAGGACUUGGGCAGCAGGGACUGUGCCACCAUCGGUCAUCUGUUGUAUUCUGUAUGUUCUCUGUUUCAUAGUGAAACACUGCAUUACAGACUCCAAAACAUUGAAGUGGUCAUGGUGCUUAGAGUAAUCCUUUAACUGAAGUAUUUAUCCCUAAUUGCUACAACCUCAUCCAACUCCAUAAGAGGACAUGCAACUUUGGGGGGGUGGUAAAAAUUAAAAAACCUCAGUAGUGACAGUACUGCUUAAAUAGAAACUGUUAUUGUUAGUGUUAAAUUGUUUUGUAUGUGUCCCAUGUUAAAUGCAUAUCAUUUAGGCUUUUGUUUGUUUCCUCUUCCUUUACCUUUCCCACUGUUUGUCUCUGUUUUAGUUUUUCCUUGUAGUUGACAAGCACGUGGAAUCAGGACAUGCUCGGUUUACAAGCUAUAUAAAUUUAUAGAUUGUUGUAUUGUACAAGUGCUCCGGGGGUGCAUAACGUUUCGUUUCAUUCUUCCCAGUAAAACAGUCGAAUAAAAGUAAACUUUUGCUUGAUUGCACUAGUUAUUGCAUGAGUUUGAGCAGGACUUGUUAGAUCUGUUCCAGCAAUCUGUCAUCCCCAGACAGAAUAUUAACUGUAGUAAACAUUUUAGAAUGAUGGAGCAUCAGUUAAAAGCUUAGUGUUACAAUAUUUUUUUUUUUUUUUAUUCCUUUAAAAAAUAAAAUAAAACCUUUUUUAGAGCAGAGAGGCUGUUUACGGCAGCUUUCCAAUGGUAAAAAAAAAGUCCUUUAGCUAUACAGUGGGUAUCACAGUGACUUCACUGUAUACUCUGUGUAAUAAAUAUAGAAGAGAUUGAUGCCACACUAUGCAAGAUACUUUAAAAAUACCACUAGAACUUAAUUUUGUUAGAAGAGAUGAGAAUAUCUCUGGAAAUUGAACAGAAUUUUCCCAUAGAUGCUGGAGUUAAAAUGACACCCACAGCACCAUUGCCACUACAGCGCUCUGUCUGAACUAGGCCAUGCACUGAGGGUUUAGCUCUGGAUACCUAGAGAAAGCUCCUAAGCAGGAGCUUCCAUCUCUUUGUUAGCUGCAGUGUAGGUGGAGGGUGAUGCCUGGCAGACACGAGGUAAAAAGUCCAACCAUUCUAAAACAGGUUGACUACUAAUAAUGGGGGUUUACGGGGUGAGGGCAUUCCUGGCACCUUAACCACUACAUAGUGCUGUAUUGGUUAUGGAGUUUGGAGUGUUCCUUGAAGUAUACCUCCUGUGAUAGUCCUGUCUGGCAACAUGCACUUCAUCUGAAGUGUGGGGGUGCAGACUGUGGAGUCCCUGCUCUGGGGCCCUUAAAUAAGCAUACAAUAAAUAAUUGAGCCACAACACUAUGGUCAGUUUACCACAAAUGUUUUUAUUCCACUAUUAGUUGGACCUAGCUGUGUCUCUUACUUAUUCUAUACAGAUUGCAGUCUAGGAGUGCACUUAGGAGUAAAUGGUUGAAAUAUCAUGUAUACAUUGAGAUACAUGUCAUUUUAUCCCCAUGCUUCUGAUGCUGAUUUCCAAUGUGUGAUCCUUUUGUACUUUAUGUAGUGGACCCUGAAACUAAGCAGCUGGACAUUAGGCUGGGGAUGCACAUCCAACAUGAUUAGCUGUGAGGCAUCGGCUGGUGGUAGGACCUCCAUUUAACUUUUGAGUCUAUGGAAAAGUUAAAUUGUCAUUUUCACAUUUAAUAUGGCGAUCAGCACCAGGCUUGAAGCACUUGUUUUUCUUUUCAAUUAGUUACCUCUAUCCUGAUGUGUGGUACUGAAUACAUUAGUGCCAACAUGUAUUGUGGGCAGGCAGGUCAAACAUAAUUCAUCUUUGGACCAAAAUAAUUUGUCGUUUCAGACAAUUAUUGUGAGCUUUAUUCUGUCUAUACUUAUUAAAAGGGAGGAUGUUCAAUGUCUGUGUUUUCAUAUUUAUUUUCCUCUUCUCUUUUUUCCAGGAGUACAAGUUGCUGUUCGAAGGUGCGGGGAAUAACCCUGGUGAUAAAACACUUGAAGACCGUUUCUUCGAGCAUGAGGUAAUAUCUGCAACACGGACAGGGCUAUUUGAUUUUGCAGCACACAGCUGCACAGAACCCAGCUUGUAAAGCAGACCCAUUAAGGAUUGGCAGCCUCCAUUUCUCUGCUGGUUGUUCAUUGAUGAGAUCCAGAUGAGAAUUUGUAGUUUUCUGGAUUGUAGAUUUCUGUUUCACUUAUGGCCUUCAAAGUUAUACCAAUAAUUCUUCUUUUCCGUACAGAUGGGAUUAUACUAUAAAACCAUUUUUUUCGGGGGGAAAAAGUUUUGCCAAAUUUAUCAUGAUAUAAAAAGAUUUAUCUGUAAUUAGGAGUGUUUUUUUUUUUUUUUUUUCUGAAGUAUCAAAACUCCUGCAAAUUGGUAAAACUCUAACACUACAGACACAUACAUUGCUGCAUUCUAAUGGCAACACUACACACAAACAAACCCUUUCUUUCACAUACACUUUUCAUAAAACUUGCUUACGUUUAAACACACAGACACUGCUCUCAAAAAUAAUCCUGCAAUUAGGUGCAAAUUGUUGUGGUAAUAGAGGUUUCCAAAAUUUUAAGAAAAUAAGUAAAUAUUAUACACAUCCACAGUGGAAAAAAAAAAUAUUCACUAGUGCCGGCCAUGGCAUACUCACUAGGGGUGAAUUUUUUUUCGGAAGAGCUAAAUUUUGGCUCUCGAGUGAAAAUUGAGUACAUAUUUUCAAAGCAGCUGCCUCUCACCUCUGUCAGUUCAUACAUUGGCUUUCCGUAAAGAUAUGACUUAAUUUAAGAUCCUGAUACUUGCUUACAAAUCUCUACUCAAUGCUGCCCUGAACUACUUAUCCUCACUAAUACCCAAAUAUGUCCCAUCUAGGCCCCUACUCUCUGCCGGACACCUACAUCUACACCUAUAGAAUGCCCUUCCCCUCUCUUUUAGAAUUUCAUCCAGUCUCCACUCCUUCAAAAAAUCUUUGAAAAUGUACUUCUUCAGGAAAGCAUAUAAAUGAAACUGUGAACAGUUUUCUCUCCCCACAACCUGAUUCCGCUCCUGAAACUGUCAUCAAAACAAAACAUCAAACCCUCAGGCAACACUAUCCUCAGUGAACACUAUUCUACCCUACCCUUACCUCUUGUGUCACUAUACCCCACUCCUUCUAGCAUGUGAGCAGGGCCCUUAAUCCCUCUGUUCCUGUUUGUCCAACUCGUCUGGUUACAAAUUUGGGUCUCUUAGUCCACCCAUUGUACAGCGCUGAGGAAUUUGUUGGCGCUUUAUAAAUAAUAAUGGCUUGAAGAAUGUGUCAAGCCAGCACGAUGCAUUCUUUAGCAUGCUGAAACAACUGCCAUAUUAUGUGUCUGCCUUGUAGGAUCUCCUUAAAUCAUUUAGGAAUAAUGUAUAAUAUUUGUAACUACUUGUGGGCUGGAAUUGAGAAUCAGUUAAGUAGGUUUGUGUCCUUUCAAGCAUGAGAACACUAAUUUAAACUUGAACUUGGUCACAUUGUCAAUCUACUCAAUAACCAUCUUGGAGACAGCACUGGGAGCACAUGCCUGCACACUCUUCUGUUACGUGCACGCAUAUUAUGCCAACACCAGUAAACUAGUGUGCUCAUUCUGAGAUCCUUUGGUGUAGAGGAUGUUAUGAUGCAAUUCGUCUGGCUGUUUCUGGCUUCAUUGUAAAGCCUUGUUGUUCUAUUUUUUUUUGUUUAUUUUUUUUGUAAUGUUCUCAACACGCAGAGAACAGGACUGCUCUAACAUAACAUUUCUUUGUAAAUACCAGGACACUCCAUAGUUUCAUGAGAAGAUGAUGUUGCUCAGAACAAAUACAUGCUGCAGGACUUAGUGUGUUUUGUACAUACCUCUGCUGCACUUCUUUGCUCCAGAAACACUUCAAUAGCCUUUGCUAUAGCUAAAGAGCAGCCACAACCUCUACUCUGAAGAAACGUUACACUACUCCUUUAAUGUACUGGGUAAUAAGGAGACGAGCUCCAUUUAAUAGUUUCUUUUUAAUACGACUCGCUGGAUUUGAUUAAUGUGCAGAGUUGGAAAAUGCCACUCUUCUUGUACAGCAAUAAAAUAACUAUAUUUGUGCUGAAGGGCAUGUCACGUUGCCAGGUUAUUAGUAGCUUUGGAACUGGCUUACUCCAGUAUGUUGCUAUUGUGUCAUUACCCCAAUUAAAAAAUUGGAACCCAUUCAUAUUGUAUAAAACAUUUACAGGGCUAUAUAGUUUUGAACUAAGUGCCAAGCUCUAGUGUAAUGAAACAACAUAACUUGAUAUAAGACCAGUCAGUCUAUUAAAGUUUUCAUUUUAAAUUUUUUUUUUACUGAGGAUCCUAUUAACCUUUUAGUGUUAAACAAUACAUUUGAUGCAGCAACCCAUGUAAAAUGUGUAAAUUUGUCUUUCAGUGGUUUUAGCCACCUACUGUACUAAAUUCUGUAGCUGGCUAGAGCUUUAAAAGUGUGUUUCUUUUGUGUUCUUUAUUUUGUAUCUCUUUUUGAGCUGCUAUUUUAGUAUUAAAAUAUCAUGCAAAUUUGCCAAUAACCAAGUCCUUUGCUUAAUAUACCUCCUCAUUCAACUACUGUCAUUAUAACCAUUUAUUUUUCUGAACAACGAAAUUUAAAAGCACACUCUACAGCUCUCUGGCCCUAAACAGGUAGUUACUAGAAUAUCACAGACAACCCUGUUUCUCCUGUAAUUUAGUUGGGAAGGUUCCUGGGCAUGUCACAUCUGCCUCUGCUCAGUGCUUACCAUAUUAGAAUAUUGUUUUAAUUGUACUAUUCAAACCGUUCUUGUACAACUUGUGAAAAUACGGAGUAUGGAAAAAUAAGGUAUGUACAGCUGUAAGCUCACUACCGCCUCUAACACAAAAAUAAUACGACAGAGGCUUUGCAGAGUAAUGUGUUCUAUACACUUAACAAGGGAAAAUAUGGGUGCUAAGUUCUGAAGUGCCCAGCAUUUGUUGGCUAGUAAACACAAGGCAUGGAAUUUUGUCUUUGUAUAAAUGCUUCCAGCGUGCAUGCCUUGACCACAAUUUCCCCCUCCUAUAACCAAUUUUACUCCUCGUUGCCUACCACCAGUCAUUGGCAAUUCUACCUUUCUCUGCUGCUGUCCCUCUGUUGUUGCUGUGUUUCUUACUAUUUUAUUACUCUGCUGUGCAAGCCUGCUGGUCUACCCACUUAAAUUAACCUAUUUUCUGAUACUCUGUGCCUUCUUGGACUCUUCUAUAGCGUUUAUGGAUUGGAUUAAUUGUACUUCCAUAAGGAAUACAUCCCCUAUUUUUGCCCCCUCUGUCACACUUUAUAUGUUGGCUGUGUAGAAACUCCCAACAGGAUUCUAAUAGGAACUCUGGUCCCACCAAGGUGAACUCAAAUCAUCAGGCCGGUCUCUGAGUGCAUUCCAUUUAGAGCACAUGAUUUAACAGUUUCUGCAGUUAGAGACCUAGAUGCUUCAAAGUCACCUUUGUUGAGAUGUCUGUGUUCACAUGUCUUGGAUUUCCUAGGCUCUAGUGAACAUCGUAGCGAAUAGGGAACACGAGGCUGUGAAUGUUCCAGUCCUUCCUUUUGAAACCAGGCGAUGCUUCGACUCCAAGCAUUUUAGAGUCCCAAAGACCCGAGACAUCCUGGAUCUCAGUCUUGGACAGGUUUUUCCUAUCAUUCAGGAUGGAAACACUGAGGUCUGUCUUAUUUAUACAGAAGGUUCCUUCCUGACCACCAUGGCUUUAAAGAAUGCUGCACAUACCUUUCUAUUACUUUCACUACCAGCUUCUCCACUUUACAUUCUAGCAUCAUCAUUCCAGUUUCAUUUAGUCUAGCCAAGGCUCAAAUUAACGGUUUAGGUGCAAAGUGGAAUAUUUCAACGUGCACUGUUGCCACCUGGUUGUUUAAUGGAGGAAAGAUCAAAGUAUAAUACAAACUCCCUUUAUCAAAGCACAAUGUAUGCAAAAGUGAAUUCAGAGUGUACCUCUUAUAAAGCACUCCCUCCCUCUAAAAAAUGAACUGAAUCAACCAUUCACAAAUACUACAUUUUCCUUGAAAGUGCCUGGUGUCCAUGACUUGCAUAGAAUCUGAUGUCACCCAUACCUGGGUCAUGUAUUUCUCUGUGCAGACUCUUGCAAACAUUCCUCAUCAUCUUGGUCCUUCAAGACCAUGGUUGGUGUGUCACGAUUCUCAUGAGAUCAUUCUCCUUUCUAGGCGCAGUUAUGGAUGCAGCCUCCAUGAGAGUCUUCCAUAUGGGCCUCCAUCAGUAGCCUAAAGUGUUGGAACUCUGUUUUUUCAAAUUGUUUUUUCUAUAGGCUCCUGACCAGGUAUUCUGAUGUCCAGGCUUGUAAUUGUCUGGUCCUCGUGGUUACAUUUGACUGUUCAAUUGUCCUGCAACCAUACCACGUAGUGGAUUUUGAUGGACUGUGAAAACCUUAAGAUGAAAAAUUAUGCUUACUGAUAAAUUCAUUCUCAUCUGUCCACAGUCCACAUGUGGUGUUCAGUCUCCUUGGGUUGCUCCUUUCUUGAUCUUAUCUGCUUCCAUGUUGUCGCUAGUUUCUGUCUCCAUAUAUCACACUAGAGAGGACCAGAUAGGUUGAGAAGACUUCUUUCUGUCAUUUGGAAUACUUCUCCAAUUACGGAAGCAAUAUCCUGCAAGUAAUGGAUUUCCAUGGAUCCUGACCAUACCAAUGAAAAUUAAAUUAAUAAUAAAACAUUUAUAUAUAUUUUUAUGUCUCUUCUCUCCAACCACUAAAAUUGUGCAUUGAUUGGCCAGCCUAUCUUGUUGCUUCCAUAGAGCUAAAUGUGGCUAAAUUAAUUCAUAAGUGGACAGUACCCACAAUUCAUCUUGGUUGUAUUGUACAACUGGAUUGCACAUGCGAUUCCAGAACUUAUACAUUGUUCAAUAAAAUGUAAUUUUGAGUUUUUCUCAUGCUUUAGCUGUAGAUAAGAAACAUAAACAUACUUCUACGAAUUUAUGCUCAUGCAAGCAAUUUAGAAUAGUAUUUUCAAGAUUUUCAGCAUUUUCCAUAUAAGUAGCUUUUUGCCUGGGGUAUGCCAUAAGGUUUGGUGAAGAAAAAAAAAAGCAUAGAUCGGGGGUACUUGCCAGAAUAGUACUUAUAAACUGUAAUUCAUAUUGCUGCUCCGCUAAAUUAUUUUUUCUUUGAAUAGAACACAUUAUAAAUCUUGCAGUUGUUAUUCUGAUACUGAAGGCUACCUAACUGUGUUUUAAGUUUACCUCUUUUAAUUGCGCUUUAAUGUAUCUAGAAUUACAUUUGUGCACCUCAUAAAUUGCCUGUUAACGUCAGAUGUCUGGCAACAGAACUGAAAUGCUUGUUUGGCUUAUGGAACGAGGUGAACUAUUAAAUGGAGUGCUCAGAUUAACAGAGUUGAUGGUUAAUGCUGAUUGGGAAAAGGCAUGUUUGUUUUCGUUGAAUCUAUUGAUCUGUUUUCUAGAAAUAUACCGAGACUUAGAUACUUGCUUAGAUAAGUUGCAGUGAUCAACCUUCUCAGGACCUGUAACAUUUUACAUAGAUCUACGGAACAAAAAAAUAUUAAAGGACGCUAAAGCAAGCUGGUGUGCUUUCUGAAUGAGUGGUGUCCCAUUAUAAUGACCAUUAAAGAGCUAAAAAGCAUCACUUUUAUAAAUAAUUAACUAGAGACUGGAGGGGAGAGCGCAGGAAUACCAAGUACCCAAGAAAUUGAGGAUUUGUUUUGUUUUCAGAUACAUAAAAAAAUUGGUUCUCUUUUCUGAUUUAGUCUUCUAUAUUUUCCCCUAAAGCUAUACGUGUGUGUGUGUGUGUGUGUGUGUCUCGGAUUCCUCUUUGUGUAAGUAAGUGUGUGUGUAUAUCUCUGUUUCGUGUGAAUGUAUGAAUGUGUUUCUCAGUUUCCUAUGUGUAUAACUAUUGUGUGUAUUAUAUUUUUAUUUUGUGACUUUUAUACUUCAGAUUAAUAGUUCAUACACUCCUCCUUACAAACACAAUAUUCACAUUGUCAUUUAUUAUCAAACCUUUAAUCAGGUUUAUUAUCAAACCUUUAAUCAGGCUUGUCCUCCAAUAUGGGAUUAACACACGUAUCAGUGUCUACAAGUACUACUGCAGGAGUACUUAUUUGUAAAAGGUUGAGAAACCCUUAUUUGUAAAAAGUUGAUCAAAGCACAUGUCACAAAUUAGGUAAACCAUCUCAGAUCAUUGUUUUGUCUUUGUACUUGAUGUUAUGUGAUCACUGAUGAUCACUUUUUUUCUCUCCUCUCUCUGUAGGUAAAGUUGAACAAACUGGCUUUUCUAAAUCAGUUUCACUUUGGUGUGUUCUAUGCCUUUGUGAAGCUGAAAGAGCAAGAAUGCAGGAACAUUGUGUGGAUCGCAGAGUGCAUCGCGCAAAGGCACCGGGCCAAGAUUGAUAAUUACAUUCCUAUCUUCUAGAGACAUAUAUUCCCAGCACACCUUCCUUAUCCGGGUCCCAUGGGCCCUUGCAGAUGUUCUACCUGCCUAAUGGCCUGAUCUACGUUAAGUGAUGGGUGUGACAUCAAAUUUUAAAGAUGUAAUGAAUUUUAUUUUUGUGAUGGGCAACUGGUUUUGCUAUAUCUAUGGCAAUUAACUACUGCUGGUAUUUUUUUUUUUUAACCCUUGUCACUGCCAACUAGGCCUGUCUUCCUGAUGGCAGUGCAGGAGUUAGUCAGGCUAAACCCUUUCACAUGGUUUCUGGAUAUAGAUGUAGGUGUUCCUAUGUACUCACAUAUGAUCCCUUCUGUAUGAACAGUUUAUUUCUUUUGUGAUUCUUCAGAGCUAUCUUUGUCUCCUGCUUUCAGUGAAGCAGCACGACCCUUGUCCAUAUGGAUUAAAUAUUUAAUUUAUUGCUGAAAGGGGAAAGAUAAUCUGAUCAAUUAUAUCACCAGUGACUGUCAGCACAAAUUCACCUCUGAGAACAUAAAUCUAUGUAACAAAGAGUAUAAUAGAUGUGCUGAAGCAUGUUCAUUGUGGUCCUCUUAGAAGUAAAUUUAAAGGUGUUAGGUGUAUUAUAUUAUCUUGUACCUUUGUCACUGUAUAAUUAUAAAUGUUUACACUAAUAAAACUGUCACUCCUGCAAGGGACUUCAUUCCAUGCAUUACAACCAGCUCUUUGAUUUUCCAAGUCAGCUUUGUGUAUAUUAAAGAAAAUCAACGAAAAGAUAUAUUAUUAUGUUAAUAUAUAUUUUAUUUUAUUUUAUUUUUUUGCCUGGGCCUUCUUAUGAACUAAUGUAAAGAGAAAUGAAAUAUCUUAAUACAGUAAUCUAAUUUAAAACCCAUUCCCAUGAUGCAAUUAAAGGCAUCAUUAUGAUAAUAUUGUUUUUCUAAUGUAGUACACCACCCUUUCAAGGUUCCCCUUAAAGUCUUAUAUCUUCAGGAAUUUGCACUAAUGCAGUUUAACUAUACUGCAUGUUUGAAAAAGAGAGAUCUCUAUAAAGGUUAAAUGAUGAUUUACAAUGAAAAAUCAUUGUUGUGUGUAUUGUCAAUUUUACCAGAUACAGAUUCCCACUAUUCCAAACACUUACUAGGUAAUUUAAACUAUUUAAUAUAUGGAAUUGGGCUGGGAGACCUUGCUUUUAUAAUGACUCUCUGGGUUUUGGUAAAGGCAUACAACUGACCGAUACUAUAGAAAGAUUCACUCGUCCUUAGCGCAUAGUGUACACGGUCUGCUUAAGGUAAGAAUACAGAUAACAAUUUAAAUGCAUUUGCAAAUAAUGUAGAGGUUAAAGGUUUUACCAACCUGAAACUUUAUAACUCUGGGCAAUUAUUCUAAGCGCACGAUACACAUUUUAUUGAGCCUGAUCACUAUGGAAAUCAAUGAAAUUAAGUUUUUAUAAUUUAGUCAUGAAUGUAUUCAGAGAUCUCUGCAUUCGGAUGAAUGAGAGUGAGAUUCGGAUAUAUAUUGUAUCUGUCCAGGCUUCUUUAGUACAUGUCAAGCCAAAACAUAUUUUACCUUAAUAUAUAAACUCAUUGGUUCCAGGUCUACCCUUAUUAAGUUGUUCGGUUAAUCAGCCUUACAUAUAACAAACGUAUGUAUGUACACCCAGAGGACAUUGUUUGUGCAUGUUUACUUUAUCAUUUCAUCAAGUGAUUUUCCAGUUUAAAGCCAAAAUGGCAAAACUUAAAACAAAAUUGACUUGGGUUAAAAUGGGUUAAAAUAGCCAAACUGGAAAAAUCUCUCACUUUGAAUCCCCAGCUAUUUUCACUAAAGUGAAUAACCCUGACAGUUGCUCACUAUCUAUUCAUUCUUAUGACCUGUCUGUUUAUGGUUUGCUGUAUCAUGAUAUUGCUACUAGUCUCAUCACGUUUAUGUAGUAUUUUCUGUGGGAACUAGGAGGUCCACAAUCCUACUAAGACUAUCCUCUUAAGUAUUUUACAAAAUUCACUGUAAUUAUUUAUAUGAAAGUAUAGUUAAGGAUAUAUAUGUAUAUGCUAUCGGUAGGAAUAUAUAUUAUGUGAUUUGGCGGUUUUAGUGUUUUUAGAAGCAUAAGAAUGGAAAAUCCAAUAGUAACACACCAAUUAAACUUUCACUGUUCCCUGUUUUUGUUGCAAUGAUUGUCUAUUCCCAAGUUCAAAAUGGUAAUCCAGACAUGGACCCUUUGCUCACUGUGUUUUGAGAGGCACCAGCUACACCUUGCUGACGAGCCCCAAAGAAGGUCGAAAGGGGGGUUGCUACAUCUCUCAUUCAGAGAGAACUUGCCGGCAUUUCAUUUCUGCAUGUCCCCUAAGGAUGGACGAAGUCUGAUAUGCCUUGGAACUAGUUCUCUCUGUAAUGGCACAAGCAAAAACUAUUUUGAGACCUGAGUGGGGAUUUACCGAAGGGCAAGCUGCUGAGUUCCUCUAAGCUUUUGACAGUUCUUAUAUCUGCUAUGUAACUAUGAAACCGUUGGUCUGCCUCAAUAACAUUUCCAACACGUUUUAGCUUGAAGUUUAAACCUUUCCAUUUAUUUAAUCAGAAUCCGUUAUUAGAACAUAUCUGCCACCAGGAUUCAGCUUACAAAAAAGGAAAUGCCCUUUUUUUUUGUCUGCUCUGUUCAGACACCGUGACCUAACUGGCAGUUGAAUUAAUUAUGGAGGCCUUGUAAAGAGUGACAGUUUUAUCAUUCCUACUUGUCCGUGUUAAGGAGUAGAUAUGCUUUCUGAAACAGUCUGAUUAACUUUUAAAUGUGCAAUGAAUGUUUUACAAGAAAUCUUCCUUGACGUGGAUACAUGCUCUCAACCUCAAUGUAUAAAUAAACAUGGAUUUAAAAUGUUUA